GCCAACGGCGCGCGUACGGUGCGGAUCUCUCUCUUUGCUUUGAACGGACGUCUGCGUUUGCGUGUCAUACAUAUCUUAAAUACUCAACUACUGCCAAUUCAUAUACAUACAUACAUAUUUAUGUGAAGCUCAAGAACGCCUUUGAGCGUUGCGUUAAGAAAAUAUUUUUAUAAAGUGAAAAUAAAAUAUAUAAAUUCUUAAAUACCAUAGAGUAGUUGGCCGAAAGUUCAGUCAAAAUCAAAGCAAAGUUACACUGAAUUGUGUUCAAAAAAAUUUGCAAACGGAAUUCGGAAUUUUGUGUUCGUAAAUUUAGAUAACAUCUUGUGUUCAAUCAAGUGGAGUUCUGGUGUUUCAAAAAUUAAAAUCCAAUUUUUUUCAAACUUCAUCUUUUGCAGUGAAAGUUUCUAUUUGCACGAUUGCAAAUUCAAAUCAAUUCUUCAGCUGUAGAAAACAACACUUUUUAAUUAGAAAAAAGUCAUACAAUAUUAAAGUGAAACAUUGGAAAUCGCAAAUAAUAUUUGUGACUACAAAUUCGCCAGCAAGGCGCAGUGGCGCUGACUCUAAGCAAAGUGAACUUUUCGAUUUGGAUUAAACUGUCUCUCGAAGCGUGUGUCUUCCUGUGUGUGUGGAGCAGUACACAGCUGGGGACAGAAUGUAUUAAAUUCAAAGUCUGACAGCAAGAAAGAAAUGCAAAAAUGAGAAUAUUUUUGCCACUAGUCACGUGGAUAGUGCUACUUUCGAGUACAGUACAUUCACAAAUCAAAACAAUACGAUCGGACCAAGCGCAUUUGAAAAAUAGCCGUUUUGGUGGCGAAGUAUUUUUUCUAAAUCUCGAAGAUGGCUAUUUUGGCUGUCAAGUUAAUGAGUCUACAGAUUAUUUACAAUUAUUCGAAUUAUCGAAAGUAUGCGACGGCAGGCGAGAUUGCUUUCUCGGUGCCGAUGAGCUGAAAGAGGAGCUCAAAUGCACAAAUGACUGUGAUAAGGAUGGCACUCAGUGCACGAAUGGUGUUUGCUUAAAUGGCGUCUGCCAUUGUAACGACGGCUUUGGCGGUUGUAAUUGUAGUGAACGAGAUGAAAACGAAUGCAAAUAUCGUCCAUGCGACGUAUUUGCGCACUGCAUCAACACGCUUGGCAGCUUCACGUGUACCUGCUUUCCCGGCUAUCACGGCAAUGGGCUUUUCUGUGAAGAUAUAGACGAAUGUCAAGAUCCUACAAUAAGAGCGCGUUGCGUCGAGAAUGCCGAGUGCUGCAAUUUGCCAGCGCACUAUCUCUGCAAAUGUAGGGACGGCUAUGAGGGUGAUGGUGAAGUUCUGUGCACAGACCUCGACGAGUGCCGAAGCCCUACUGCCUGCGGUACUGGUGCCCAGUGCAUUAAUACGCCUGGCAACUACACCUGCGCAUGCCCCGAUGGCUACCACGGCGACCCCUACUACAGCUGUACGGACAUCGACGAGUGCACACAACCGAACGCCUGUAGUCCAGGUGCUAUAUGUACGAAUCUGGAGGGCGGUUAUCGCUGCGACUGCCCUGAGGGAUACAAUGGUGAUGCGCGCUCCGCGACCGGCUGUGCGGACUACGAUGAGUGCACCCGGUCACCAUGCGGCCGCAAUGCUCAAUGUCUGAAUACUGAUGGUAGCUUCAAGUGUAUUUGCCCGGAUGGCUAUGCGGGCGAUCCCAGUCAAGGUUGUGAAGACGUCGACGAAUGCUCCACUAAUAAUCCAUGCGGUGUGGGCGCCGAAUGCGUGAAUAUUGGCGGUAGUUUUGCGUGCCAUUGUCCGCCGGGCUACACGCUAGAGUUUGAACGCGAGUAUAGUUUGGGUGGCGGUGGGAUCUAUGGCGGCAAUGGCACAGCGCUGAAGAUAACCGGUGCCGGUUUAGCCUGUGUUGAUGUAGACGAAUGUAAUAUGGAUAAUGGAGUGGCCAAGUGUGGCACAAAUGCCAAAUGCAUUAACUUUCCGGGCUCAUAUCGUUGCUUAUGCCCGAGCGGCUUUCAAGGACAUGGUUAUUUGCAUUGCGAAAACAUCAACGAGUGUCAGGACAAUCCUUGUGGCGAGAAUGCGAUCUGCACCGACACCGUCGGCAGCUUUGUUUGCACCUGCAAACACGACUACACUGGCGAUCCCUUCCGUGGCUGCACCGACAUUGAUGAGUGCACCGCGCUGGAAAAACCAUGUGGCACACAUGCUAUUUGCGAAAAUGCCGUUCCAGGCUACAACUGCAAGUGUCCACAAGGCUUCGAUGGAAAGCCGGAUCCGAAAGUAGCUUGCGAGCAGGUCGAUGUAAAUAUACUUUGUCGCAGCAGCUUCGAUUGCACGAAUAAUGCGGAAUGUAUUGAGAAUCAGUGUUUCUGUUUGGAUGGCUUCGAACCGAUUGGCUCCAGUUGUGUCGACAUCGAUGAAUGUCGCACGCAUGCGGACGCCUGUGGCGUGCAUGCACAAUGUAUAAAUACGCCCGGCUCAUUCCGUUGCGAUUGUGAGGCUGGUUUUGUAGGCACACCACCGCGUAUUGCAUGCAAGGAACCCUGUGAGGAUGUACAUUGUGGUGAGCAUGCUUACUGCAGGCCUGAUGGCAACGAGGCGUACUGCAUCUGCGAAGACGGUUGGACUUUCAAUCCCAGUGACAUUGCAGCCGGUUGCGUGGAUAUUGACGAAUGUGAUACGGUACAUGGUCCUUUUGGCAGUUGCGGCGUCAAUGCAACAUGCAAGAAUACUUUGGGAAGCUUUACUUGCACAUGCCCAUCUGGCUUCUCUGGUGAUCCGCACGCCAAGUGUGUGGACGUAGACGAAUGUCACUUGGGCAACAAAUGCGGCGAAGGUGCAGAAUGCAUAAAUAUGAAUGGCGGUUAUAAUUGUCGCUGUCCCACGGAUUCAAUACCUGAUCCGGAUCCUACAGUACGUUGCGUGCCGAUUGUUUCGUGCUCGACAGAUAAGGACUGCCCAGGCAAUGCUAUUUGCGAUGCAGGAAAACAUUGUCUCUGCCCACAGCCAAAUAUUGGCAAUGAUUGUCGCCAUCCCUGCGAAGCGGUUAAUUGUGGAGCGCACGCACAGUGCAUGUUAGCUAACGGACAAUCGCAAUGUUUAUGCGUCGAAGGUUACACCGGCAGUCCUAAUACACCAGGUGGCUGCCAUGAUAUCGAUGAAUGCAAGGCGAAUCCAUGUCAGGCAAAUGCUAUCUGCACAAACACACCCGGUGGCUAUCUCUGCCAAUGUCCCAGUGGCACGAGUGGCGAUCCCUACCGAGAAGGCUGCACCGAAGGCAAAGUCGCUUUCACGUGUUCCGACUCAAACCCCUGUUCGCCCGGGGAAACUUGCGUCACAGAUUCAUACACCGGUAAUGGCGUGUGCAUUUGUCGACAAGGAUACGAACGUAAUGCAGAAACUGGACAGUGUCAGGAUAUUGAUGAGUGCUCUCCGAGUCGCCAAAAAGUAGCUUGCGGCCUUAAUGCGGUUUGCAAAAAUUUGCCCGGCAGCUAUGAAUGUAAAUGCCCACAAGGCUUCAGUGGCAACCCCUUCGUUAUGUGCGAACAAUGCCAAUCUCCGGAAUGUCAAUGCCAACCACCCUACAAGCUGGUAGGUAAUAGCUGCAUACUUGCUGAUUGCUCAAAAAAUAAAAAAUGUCCCAGCGGAGCAGAGUGUAUUUCUAUCGCUGGUGGCGUUAGCUACUGCGCUUGCCCGAAGGGUUUUAAAGCCGGCCCGGAUGGUUCUUGCAUUGAUGUAGACGAAUGUGUAGAGCGUGACUCUCAAGUGUGCGCUUUUGGUGCAGAAUGCAUCAAUAUCCCUGGCAGUUUUACCUGUGCCUGUCCUGAGGGUUACAACGGUGAUGCAUAUCACGGAUUUUGCGCACCAGCGCAAAGAAAAUGCGCCGCUGAUAAAGAAUGCGGCACGAAUGAAAAAUGUGUGCAGCCAGGUGAAUGCGUAUGCCCACCACCUUUCUUUUUGGACCCCUACGAUAAUAACAAAUGUAAGAGCCCUUGUGAACGUUUUCCUUGUGGCAUCAACGCCAAGUGUACACCAACGGAUCCACCACAGUGUAUGUGCGAACCAGGCUUCAAAGGAGAUCCGCUCAUGGGCUGUACAGAUGAAGAUGAAUGUGCGCACCUGCCUUGCGCUUACGGUGCUUAUUGCGUUAAUAAAAAAGGCGGCUAUCAGUGUGUUUGUCCCAAAGGCUUUACUGGUGAUCCAUAUAAAAGCGGUUGCAUAUUGGAAACUGGCGCGCCGAAGAGCACAUGUACAAGCAAUGAGGAUUGUGCGAGUAAUUUGGCAUGCGUGGAGGGCACUUGCGUAUCUCCAUGUUCCAGUCUACUUUGCGGUCCCAACGCUUUUUGUGAGACAGAAAAUCACGCGGGCUGGUGUCGCUGUCGCGUCGGUUAUAGCAAAGAUCCAAAUGGCGACUGUGUAUCGCAAUGUAAGGACAUCAUUUGCGGCGAAGGAGCACUAUGCAUACCCACUUCGGAAGGACCAACCUGUAAAUGCCCACACGGUUUCUUUGGUAAUCCGUUCCCAGGCGGUUCGUGCUCAACGGAUCAGUGCAGUGCAUCACGCCCGUGCGCCGAGCGACAGGUUUGUAUCAAUGGUCGCUGUAAGGAACGCUGUGAUGGCGUGGUAUGUGGCAUUGGUGCCACCUGCGAUAAGACCAGCGGCAAAUGUGUUUGCGAACCCAACUUUAUUGGCAACCCAGACCUCGUGUGUGUGCCACCUGUUAAAUAUGCUGAAUGUGAUCCAAAUUGUGGUGAGAAUGCUCAUUGUGAGUAUGGUUUCGGCAGUAGUGCAUGCGCUUGCAAUCCUGGCACCACCGGCAACCCCUAUGAAGGAUGUGGUAUACAGAGCAAAAAUAUGUGCUCACCCAAUAGUUGUGGCUCGAAUGCUGAAUGUCGCGCUGAUGGUCAACAAAUUAGCUGUAUCUGUCCACAAGGCUUCACCGGUAAUGCGUAUGUAGGCUGCCAAGAUGUGGAUGAAUGCGUGAACAAACCAUGUGGUCUGAACGCUGCUUGCCUCAACACCCACGGUGGUUUCGAAUGUGUGUGCUUAUCCGGCUUUGCCGGUGAUCCAUUCAGCAGUUGUCAACCGGUCGAUACUAUUUUCUGUAAUAAUGCAGAGGGUUGUGAAUGCAACGCGCGUGUGGAAUGCCCCGAUGGCUUUACUUGCGAGAGCGGAAAGUGUAAAAAUCUGUGCUCAAAUACUGCCUGCGGGCCGAGAGCAGUCUGUGAUGGCGGUAAAUGUAUCUGUCCCCUUGGCUAUAUUGGGGAUCCAUAUGAUACCAAUAGUGGUUGCACCAUUCAUGGCCAAUGCAACAACGAUGCGGACUGCAAACACUCAGAAAUAUGUUUCCAACUUGGUAAAGGUUUGCGAAAGUGUGUCGAUGCUUGCACAAAGAUUCAGUGUGGACCUAACGCGCUUUGUGUAUCAAAUAAUCAUCUAUCUUCAUGUAUCUGCACUGAUGGCUAUUUUGGCAAUCCGAGCAAUUUGCAAGUGGGCUGUCAACCAGAACGGAAAGUACCAGAUAUUGAAGAUAAAUGCAAAUCGGACAAUGAUUGUGAGUCUGGCUACUCGUGCGGACCCGAUAUGCAAGGAACAAAAGGAUGUAUCAAUCGUUGCUCGAAGGUCGUCUGUGGCGCAAAUGAAGUUUGUAAUAUCGACGCGAAUGGGCUUGCUUUAUGCAACUGCGCAGACAGUUUUGUUUGGAAUCCAGUUACUUCUUCCUGCGAAAAACCCUCAUUGCCAGACUGCACCAGCGACAGGGACUGCCCUACAGCUUCUGCCUGCCGACCAGAUGUGGUCGGUGUGCUAAAAUGUAUUUCAAUUUGUGAUGAAUUCACAUGCCCUGGUAACUCGCUUUGUGUGGCACGCAACCACCAGGGCCGCUGUGAUUGUCUACCUGGCUUCGUUGGUAACCCAAAUGAUCGGAAUGGUUGUCAGCCAGUGGCGAAAAAUCAAUGUCGUACUAAUGCUGAAUGCGCUGAAUCGGAAGCGUGUGUUAAAUUUGGACCAAGCGAAAGUCUCUCCUGCCGACCAGCUUGCGAAAGCAUGAAGUGUGGACCACAUGCAGUUUGUAUCACCAACAACCAUCUCGCUCAAUGUCAAUGUCCACCUGGACCUUUUGCGGGGGAUCCCAAUGAUCCUUUCAAUGGCUGUCAGAGCGUCCCAUGUGUCUACAAUCACGACUGUCCACCAACAAAAAUGUGCAAUCGCAUGACACACACUUGCUACGAUGUUUGUGAUGAUGAGUCUUGUGGUGAGAACUCCAUUUGCAUUGCCGAGGAUCAUCGCGCGGUUUGUCAAUGUCCACCUGGCUUCAAAGGAAAUCCAAUACCAGAGGUGGAAUGCACCAAAGUUAGUGGCUGUGUUCCUGGAACUUGUCACCAUUCCGCCAUUUGCGAGGUCACACCCCACGGCCCAAUAUGUCGCUGCCCUGAAAACUUUAUUGGUGAUCCCGAAACGAGCGGUUGUCGUCCAGAUAGUCAAUGCCCAAAUGACGAUGCCGAUUGCCCAGCGAAUACAAUUUGCACUAAUGGUCGCUGCAUUGAUCCCUGCGAGAAUGCUUGCGGUCAAAACUCCGAAUGCAAGGUUGUUAAUCGUAAACCUGUUUGUACUUGUCCCCUGAAAUUCCAACAGAACGGAGAUUCACCAAAGGAUGGCUGCGUACGCUCGGUGUCUAGAUGUAAAUCUGACGUUGACUGCGGCGGAAAUAUUUGUUACAACGGGCAGUGUCGCGUGGCAUGUCGUAAUACGGAUGACUGCUCGUUCGGCGAGAAAUGUUUCAGUAAUAUUUGUGUGAUACCUUGUUUGGAUCAUAGUCAAUGUACAUCAGGUUUGGCUUGCCUUGAAGGCUUUUGCGUUAUUGGAUGUCGCAGUAACAAAGAUUGCUCAGCCGAACAAUCAUGUAUAAAUAACAAAUGUGCCGAUCCAUGCAAAGCGGGUGGCAUCUGCGGACCAAAUGCGCUUUGUAGUAUAGAUAAACAUCUCAGUCAGUGCACUUGCCCAGAAGGCUUCGAAGGUAAUCCCACACCUGAUCAAGGUUGCGUGCGUGUACCCGCUCCUUGCUUGGCCACCAACCAGUGUCCCAGCGGCCACAUGUGCAUCGGUAACCAGUGCAAUCUUCCUUGUCAGAAGACAUCUGCUUGUGCUAUUGGCGAACGCUGUUACCAAAAUGUCUGUCGUAAAGUUUGCUACACUAGCAACAACUGCUUGCCAGGCGAAAUUUGCAAAAACGAUGGCACCUGUCAACCUGGCUGCGAUUCUGAUGCUGAUUGCCCACCUACAGAGCUCUGUCUCAGCGGCAAAUGUAAAUGUGCCUCUGGUUUUAUUGGCACACCGUUUGGUUGCUCAGACAUUGACGAAUGCACAGAGGAGCCUUGUCAUUCAACAGCACGCUGUGAGAACUUACCCGGCUCAUACCGUUGCAUAUGUCCUGAAGGUACAGUGGGCGACGGGCUCUCCCAACAAGGCUGCAUCAAGCCUAAGGAAUGUUAUAAGGAUGAAGAUUGCGCAAAUAACUUAGCCUGCGUUAGCGACAAAUGUACGGAGCCUUGCACUAAUACAACAUGCGGACUGAAUGCACUCUGCAAUGCUGAAAAUCAUCAGGCAUCUUGCUAUUGCCCUCCUGGUCAUUUAGGAGAUCCCAGCGAACACGUAGUUGGUUGCUUUAAAGUUGAAUGUAUCGUGGAUGAUGACUGCGCCAACGACAAGGCUUGUGAUAGUGAAACCAACCGUUGCAUCAAGCCUUGCGAUCAUAUUUCGUGUGGAAAAGGUACCUGUAAUGUUGCUAAUCACCAAGUAUUGUGUUCCUGCUAUGAGGGCUAUCAGCUCGUAAACGGGGUCUGCGAAGAUAUCGAUGAAUGUCUGUCUCAUCCCUGCCACAGCACCGCCUUCUGUCAAAAUCAGCCCGGCACCUUCCAGUGUCAUUGCCCCGAAGGUCUUAUUGGCGAUCCAAUCAAUGUAGGUUGUCGCGAUCCCAUCGAAUGCCUCACCGACUCAGACUGUCCUUCCAGCGCGAGCUGUCAAAAUGCUCGCUGCCGUAACGCUUGCGAACGUGAAAAUGCUUGUGGACGUAAUGCAACCUGUUUAGCUCAGUCACACAACGCCAUCUGUGCAUGCCCACCGAACUCACGUGGUGAUCCAUCCAUCGAAUGUGUUUAUGUCGAAUGUUCGGACAAUGAAGACUGCAUCAACGAAAAGGCCUGCUUGGAUGCAAAAUGUGUGGAUCCCUGCUCUCUACCAAACGUUUGCGGUACAAAUUCACGUUGCACCGCCCAAAACCACAUCGGCAUGUGUACUUGUGAAACUGGCACAACCGGUGAUGCGCAACUUGGUUGCGUACCAUUACAAUACUGCAACACAGACAGCCAAUGCGCUUCUGGAACAAUUUGCACCAAUGGAAUCUGCGCCACGCUCUGUUCUUCUGUGCGUGAUUGCAUUUCUGAUCAAUUGUGCAUACAAGGCGUCUGUCAACCCACAUGCCGUACGAACUCCUCAUGUCCUGAAUUCCAGUACUGCCUCAACAGUAUUUGCACCAAAGAGGUGCUUUGCCGAGAUGAUGAUGACUGCGGUGUAAACGAGAGUUGUAUACAGGAUACCUACGGACGAGCAUCGUGCGAAAAUGUAUGCCUAGGUCGCGCUAUUUGUGGACGCAAUGCCGAGUGUAUUGCACGCAGUCACGCGCCCGAUUGUGAAUGUAAGGAAGGCUUCUUCGGUGAUCCGAAGAGUGGUUGUCGCAAGAUUGAAUGUAGCACGGACACGGAUUGCUCCAACGACAAGACAUGCGAUGAUCACAUGUGCAAGAUAGCUUGCCUUAUUGGCGAACCAUGUGGAGAAAAUGCCCUGUGCACUACGGAAAAUCACAAGCAAGUAUGCCACUGUCAACCGGGCUAUACCGGAGAUCCGCGCAUGCGCUGUGACGUUAUAAACUUUUGUAAGGAUGCACCUUGUGGUCCCGGUGCUCGUUGCCGCAAUUCGCGCGGUUCCUUUAAAUGCACUUGUCCCCCAGGUUUGGUUGGUGAUCCCUACAACGAAGGUUGUCGCACCGCGGUGGAGUGUGAAACUAAUGAAGAUUGCCCCCCGCAUGCUGAAUGCACGAAAAUUAAUGGUAUAUCCAAGUGUCAAGAUGUUUGUGCGAAUGUUAAGUGUGGCAAGAAUGCCGAAUGUAUACCUAAGGGUCAUCAAGCUCAUUGUGCAUGCCGUAAUGGUUACGAUGGUAAUCCCGCUGAUCGGAUUACCGGCUGUAAGCCACUACCCGUACCAUGUCAAAUGACCAGCGACUGCCCGACCAAUACCUACUGUUCGGAUAGUAUAUGUAAACCUGCCUGCAUACUCGACACCGAAUGCGGCUCAUCUGAGGUGUGUCAAGGUGGCCAGUGUGUAAACCCCUGCCUGCAGGCACAAGCUUGCGGUAUGAAUGCUGAAUGUCACAUACAAAUUCACUAUAAACAAUGCGCCUGCCCAGCCGGUUUCACUGGUAAUCCGGACGUGGAAUGUGUACGCAUACCAGUAGCCUGCAACAGUGAUGCAGAAUGCCGGGAAGGCUAUAACUGUCACGACUCAAUGUGUCAGCCGGCUUGUCAAAGCGAUCAGGAUUGUGCGUUGAAUGAAAAGUGCCUGCGUGGUAGCUGUAUGCUGACUUGCCGAGUGGAUAAUGAUUGCUUCCUCGGGCAUGUUUGUUUGCACAAUAAAUGCGUAUAUGGCUGUCGUAUUGACGACGACUGUAGCGCUUCCGAGUCCUGCCGCCAUGACAAGUGCACUAAUCCUUGCCUAGAGAAUCCUUGCGGUCCAAACGCUGUCUGUUCCGUGUCUAAUCAUCGCGCUAUUUGCAGUUGUCUUGACGGCAUGGUGCCGAACCCUACACCACAGGUUGGCUGUGUGCGCAGUCCACCACUCGACUGUAAUGAAAAUCGCGAUUGUCCAAAUGGAUUGGCUUGCUUUGAGUUUGCCUGUCGUCCGCUAUGCGCCGACAAUGCGGGCUGUCUUUCGAAUGAACGUUGUCAAGGAGGUGUAUGUAAGCCACUUUGUCGACGAGAUGAUGAUUGUCGCAGCAGCGAAGUUUGCUUAGGUCUAACUUGCGUAGCUGGUUGCCGCUCGGAUCAGGGUUGUCCACUCGAUCUGGCUUGUGUUAAUCAACAGUGCGUGAAUCCUUGCGCCGAACCAGCCACUUGCGGCACAAAUGCCGAAUGUCUAGUAAUUGAUCAUCGCAAGCAAUGCUCAUGCCCGCAAGGUCUAGUCGGCAACGCAGAUAUAUCAUGCAAAGCACCACGCAUCGCCUGUGUGCAGAACGAAAAUUGCGAUGCAAACCAAAUCUGUUACGGUGGCAGCUGUCAAGGAAAAUGUCGAAAUGAUCAAAACUGUCUAGCGGAUGAGCGCUGCAUGCGUGGCACCUGUCGCACCGUUUGCAACACUGACUCUGCUUGCGCGCAAGGACAAAUCUGCGAAAAUCGCGUUUGUCAAAUUGGCUGUCGCAAUGAUCUCACCUGCCCGAGCAAUGAGGCGUGCGUCAAUAAGAAAUGUAAAAAUCCCUGUGAGACGCCUGGACAAUGUGGGCAAUGUGCCAACUGCUUGGUGGUCAACCACGGUGUCCAAUGUAGCUGCCCGAAUGGCUUCCUCGGCGACGGACUCAGCGGUUGUCAACAACCUCCACAGCGCUGUAGUCCCACCUGCCAAUGUGAUGAAACGAAUACCUACUGCGCCGAAACAUGUACGCAUAGCGACGACUGCGCUUGCGGUCAAGUAUGCACACGUGGUAAAUGUCGCCAGAAGUGCGGCACCGGACGCAAUUGCCCACUCGGACAACUCUGUGAACGCGGUACUUGCCUUGCUGGCUGCAAGGCUAACUCCGACUGUCCCACCGACCAAAGCUGCCUCAAAGGCAAAUGUGCCGAUCCGUGUGCUGGCAAGUCAGCCUGUGGACGCAAUGCGCUCUGCACUAUCUCCGAUCAUCGUAUGUUAUGCUAUUGCCCCGAUGGCUAUGAAGGUGAACCGAGCAAAGAAUGCGUGCAAUUCCAAUGUGCGCAAGAUGCCGAUUGUGAGCCCAAUAAACGCUGUGAUGCUGGCAAAUGUCGCAAUCCCUGCUUGGAAUAUGGCGCAUGUGGAGUUAAUGCUCAAUGUCGUGUGGUGGAUCGCAAACCGCAAUGUUCAUGCCCACCCGACUACUUUGGCAGCCCCGAAACUGAAUGUCGCUCAUUGUAUGGCGGCUGUGCGAAUGAUCCUUGCGGCGCAAAUUCCAAAUGUAUAGAAGUACCUGGUGGAUAUGAGUGUGCCUGUAUGGACGGUUGUAUGGGAGAUGCACACAAGGGAUGUGUAUGCGAAGGACAUCUGGUGAAUGCAUGCGCAGAGCAGCCAUGCGGGCAGAAUGCUGCUUGUCACGUACUGGAGCACAACGAGGCACAAUGCUACUGUCCCGAGGAAUUCCCAUACGGCGAUGCGUAUGUGCAAUGUUACUUAACACCACCCCAAGAAGACUGCCGCACUCAGGGUUGUAUUACCGGCGAAUGUGUACGCCAAGGAGUCGAGUAUGUCUGCCGGCAUGACACCGAACAAUGCACAUCAGACGUCGAAUGUCCCAGCGAAAAAUCAUGCCUGCAAGGACACUGUGUAAACCCUUGUUCGGUGCGUGGCGUUUGUGGUGCAAAUGCGCUUUGCAAAAGCGUUCUGCAUCGUCCGCGUUGCUCCUGCCCCAGUUGCUAUAUCGGACGUCCUGAGGUCGAAUGUAAACCCGAUCCGAAAUGUACGGAUGGCACAGCAGUUCAACCACGUGAUCCACAGCAACAGAUACCCUGCACACAGGACACCGAUUGUCCCGAUACCUUGCAGUGUAGCCACUAUGGCCAAUGUACCGAUCCAUGCCAAAAUCCACUAUUCAUUUGCAGCGGAAGUAAAAAGUGUGAAACCCGUCGACACCAGCCGGUGUGUGUCUGCAAGUCAGGAUUCAUUGUGAACGAAUAUGGUGAACUAACGUGUGCGCCCGAGAAGCGCGAAUGCUAUCGCGAUGAUGAUUGUGCCUCAAAUAUGGCUUGUAGUGAGGGGAAAUGUCGUAGUCCGUGCGUGGUCCCUGUUGGUCGCCAGCCAAUUUGUGCAGAGAAUAAAUCUUGUGAGGUGCAGGAUCACAAGCCAGUGUGUAUAUGUAUGAAGGAUUGUCAGCCGUCCAUAUCAAUUUGUUUGCGAGAUGCCGGCUGUCCGUCGGGUCUGGCGUGUCGCUCGUAUCAGUGCGUAAAUCCGUGCGACUUUGCAACGUGCGCGCCCAACUCGCCAUGCAUCGUCGAGGAUCACAAGCCGAUAUGUAAAUUCUGCCCGCCCGGAUUUAUAGCCGAUGCCAAGAAUGGAUGUCAAAAAGAAAUCGGCUGCGCCUCGAGCGACGAGUGCCCAACACAACGCGCUUGCAUCAAUAGCAUAUGCUUAGAUCCCUGUUCGUACGCUAAUCCUUGUGGACGUGAUCAGGAGUGCCAGGUGAUUGAACAUCAACCGGUCUGUUCGAGGGUCUGCGAAUGCCAAAGCAAAUCCGAUUGUCAUGCCGGUUUCGACUGCGAUGGCUGUCACUGCCGACAAACUACCGGACGCACACCUGGCUGUGAACACUGCCCCAUAGGUACCAACUGCGAUCCCACAACUGGUGCCUGCAUUAAAGCUAAUGUUACAAUAACAACCACUACCAAUAUAACAACCACUACAUCUAACCCAAUCACUGAUGUUACUACAAUAAUCACCGACACCGUCGUUCACACAAAUAAAACUGGCACUUCCACGAGCACAACAACAUCCACUACCCCUAGAACCACCACCUCAUUUGAAAUUACUACAGCCAUCGUCCUUGAAGAUACUACCACUACCACAACUCCAAUUAUCAGCACGAUCACUGAAAAGCCUAUUGAGAGUACCACCGAAUCGAGUAGAGAAUUUGAGGUGAAUACGACGAGCAAAACUGGCCCACCAAAGGGUUAUCGCGAUGGAGAGAAUAACAUAAUCGCCAGCACAGGGACUGAGCACGCAACCACCCCAACAUUCACCACUGUCUCUACGUCGUCGUCCACUUCCUCUGCCGCCAUCUCUACCAGCAGCAGCAGCUCACGUCGCGGCGAGGAUAGUAAAGGCCCAUUCGAUGCGCUCACAACAACACCCAAAAUGAAGACUACACGUAUUGAUACCUCAAAUGAAUUUGAUUAUAAUUUAACUACCUUACUCACGACCACACAACGUACUACCUUCCCGGUAGCUAUGGUCACUGAGCCUAUGAAGGAAUCGGAACAAGUAACAACAAUGAGUGUUCGCGAUUUAAUCACAACAAUGUUCCCUGUGAUAACACCACCAGUAACGGAACAAACGGAACGUCCAACUAUGGCCGGUACUACGACGUCGUUCGCUUAUGAGACAAUUGAACCAAUUACCACGACGUCAACGCCAGCUCCAACUGUAGCUGCAGAGGCAACAACUACCACUGAAUCUGGUACCACUACUACUAAAACUAUAACAACCGAAACCGCCACCACAGUAGCAACUACUGCAAUUAGCUCCUCUACUGAUAUCACAAUGAUUAACACUUGUACAGAUCAUACUAACUGUGGUUCUAGUCAAUUAUGCAUAUUGGGAGUGUGUCGCAAUAGGUGUCGCGAAAGUGACACAAGCGAUGCGGAGUGUGUAAAAGAAUCCCCCGGCUCACCAAAGAAUCCGGAACCAUGUCAAUCGAACAAUGACUGCAUUGAGAAUGAAGCAUGUUACAUGGGUCUAUGCCAUAAUCCUUGCGACUUUGCGAAUGUUUGUGCGCCCACCGCGAAGUGUGUGGCGAAAAUGCAUAGGCCAAUAUGUUCGUGCCCUAAGGGGCAUGAAGGUAAUCCGACCAUCAAAUGCACGCCUGUGGAUAGGACAAUUGAGUGCAUACACAAUGCCGAUUGCGACAUUACGGAGGCUUGCAUCAGUCGACGCUGCCAACAUCCUUGCGAUGCACAUAAUCCUUGCGCGCAAAAUGCAGUCUGUAUGAAUGCAAACCAUGCUGCCGAUUGUAGCUGUGUGGAUGGUUAUCAGGGCAACGGUUUUAUUGGUUGUCAACCAGCGCUUGACCAUACGCCUGUCUGUCAAUAUAAUGAGGACUGCCCGCCUAACAAACUCUGCGAUCGACUGAAUCGUCGCUGUAUCAAUCCUUGCUUCGAAGAUUCGUGUGGUGAGAACGCUGAGUGCAUUCCUGUGAACCAUGGCAUCGAAUGUCGUUGCUUAUCGGGUUUUGUGGGCAAUGCUUACAUCGAGUGCUCGCAAGUGCAAGGCUGUCGUGCAGAUCGUGAAUGUGAUACCAGUCAGGCGUGUAUUGAUGGCAAAUGCGCUUCACCCUGUCGCUGUGGUGCCAAUGCGCUUUGCGACGUCAUCAAUCACCGAGGCAUUUGUAAAUGCCCACCAGGUUACGCCGGCAGACCGGAAGUCGCUUGUAACCCACCAACCAAUCCAUGUGAUCCAAAUCCAUGUGGCGUUAAUGCGUUGUGCGAGCUUGAUAAUGGUAAUCCGAUUUGCUAUUGCCCGAAGGGACUCACCGGCAAUCCAUUCAAGAAUUGCAUACCUGAGGGUGAUGAAUGUCGCCCGAACCCUUGUGGCCCAAAUUCAGGUUGUCGUAUGGUGAGUGGUGCUCCAACUUGCUUCUGCCUACCCGAAUAUGAAGGUCAACCACCGCUUGUCCCAUGCGAAGUGCCAAAGAGUCCCUGUGAUCCAUCGCCUUGUGGGCCAAACACGCAAUGCGCUGUACUCAGCAAUGGCUUCUCUAAAUGUACUUGCCUUCCCGGCUACGUAGAAAGCCCAAACACAAUUCGUGGCUGCAUUGAACCUGUCAAUCCAUGCGAUCCCAACCCUUGUGGUUUUGGUGCUGUGUGCGAUUCUUCACGUAAUCCAGUUUGCUUCUGCCCCGAUGGUAAAAUCGGUAAUCCAUUCAAAUCUUGUGAAAAGCCACCUGUUUCCGAUGAACUAUGCACACCAGGACCUUGUGGUCGCAAUGCUGAUUGCUAUGUUACCAGCAAUCGUGAGGAAUGCUACUGCCGUUCUGGCUAUAUCGGGGAUCCAUAUCAAGGUUGUCGCGAACCACCACGUAGUGCUUGUGAGCCGAAUCCUUGCGGUCCGAAUGCUGAAUGUAUCGUAUCCGUUGAUGGUCAAAGCGCUUGUGUUUGCCCUGAGGGUCUAUCCGGUGAUCCCACCUCUACUAAAGGAUGUCAUGGUUACGAAUGUCAAGUGGAUGCCGAUUGCCCGCACGAUAAGGCAUGCAUGGGCUUUAAAUGUUACGAUCCCUGCCCAGGUGCUUGUGGUCAAGGUACCAACUGCCGCGUGGAGGAACAUCAUCCAGUUUGCUCAUGCAAUGCUGGGCUCACUGGCAAUCCUGGUAUACGCUGUUACGCGCUAGAUAUACCCAAGAUGCCAAGCCGCAAUCCUUGUAUUCCUAGCCCUUGUGGAGUGAAUAGUGAAUGUAAACUAUUAAACAAUCGCGCUGUAUGCUCUUGCCUGCCUAGAUACUUGGGUGAUCCUCAGAGUGGUUGUCGUGCAGAGUGUGACAUCAAUUCCGACUGUGGCACAGCGCAAGCUUGCAUCAACCACAAGUGUAUCGAUCCAUGUGCUGGUACAGUGUGCGGCAUAAACGCUAUUUGCAGAGUACAACAACACACACCUAUUUGUGCCUGCCUCGAUGGCUUCACCGGAGAUGCUUUUCGACAAUGUAUACCAGUUGGUGUGCUAAAGAAUGUCACACGCGAUCCUUGUGUACCUUCACCCUGCGGUCCACAAGAUGUUUGCUCGGUAUACGGUGACGGCGUUGCGUUAUGCGAUCCAUGCUUUGGACCCAAUGCUCAACAAAAUCCACGCUGCCGACCUGAAUGUAUAUCGAACUCCGACUGCCCCUUCGACCGCGCUUGUUUGGGCCAACACUGCCUAGAUCCUUGUCCAGGCUCUUGUGGGCACAACGCUCUCUGCAAUGUAUACGAACACAACCCCAUCUGUAGUUGUCCACCUGGCUUGUAUGGCAAUCCGUACGAACACUGUUCACCACCUUCGCCGUUUGUGCCAGCACCAUCACCUAGCUGCGAGAAACUACACUGCGGUGCCAAUGCAGAGUGUAAGAAGAGAAAUGGUGCAUUGACUUGCAUCUGUCACACAGGUUACUUUGGCGAUCCAUUCAUCGGUUGUCGACCCGAAUGCGUACUCAACUCAGACUGCCCAGCAGAUAAAUCUUGUGUCAACUCGAAAUGCGUGGACUCAUGUGUCGGCGUUUGUGGCGUGAAUGCUAUGUGUCGUAUUGUAAAUCACGCACCUAUAUGUCUCUGUGUUGAAGGCUAUACGGGUGAUGCAACCGUCCAAUGCAAUCCGUUCUACUUACCGCCAAGGAAACCAGCUCGCAAUCCUUGUGAACCAUCGCCAUGUGGUCCCAACUCACGUUGCCUGAUUUCACCAGAUGGAUAUGCAGCUUGUUCAUGCCUGCCAAACUUCAAGGGCUCACCGCCAGUAUGCCAGCCAGAGUGUGUUGUGAGUUCGGAAUGUCCUUUGAAUAAAGCUUGUAUCAAUCAACGAUGUUCAGAUCCUUGUCCUGGUACUUGUGGUGUUGAAGCGCGUUGCGAGGUCUUAAAUCACAACCCCAUCUGUUCGUGCGAACCCGGCUUUGAAGGUGAUCCGUUCGUAUCGUGUGGCCGCAUACCAGAAGAGAGAACCGAUCGCAAUCCAUGUGUCCCAUCGCCAUGUGGGCCUAACUCAAUAUGUCAAAUAAAACAAGAUCGCCCAGUCUGCUCAUGUGUUGCUAAUUACAUUGGCAGUCCCCCAUACUGUCGUCCGGAGUGUACACUAAAUACUGAAUGUCCAGCGGAUAAGGCGUGUAUACAAGAGAAAUGUCAAAAUCCCUGCGUGAACACAUGCGGCCACAAUGCACGUUGCACCGUAAUAGCACAUGCUGCGCACUGUAGCUGUGACCAAGGAUAUGAGGGAGACGCCUUUGUUGGUUGCUCAAAAAUCGAUGAGAAACCGAAAGAUCGUAUCGAUCCCUGUUAUCCCAGUCCUUGUGGUGAGAACGCGAUUUGUACCGAACGUAAUGGAGAGGCUCGUUGUAGCUGUAUUGAACCAUAUAUUGGUGAUCCCUACUCCACCGGUUGUCGUCCGGAAUGUGUUUACAAUGCUGAGUGUUCUUCGUCUUUGGCAUGUAUCAAACAGUAUUGUCGUGAUCCAUGUGUGGGCACCUGUGGCUCGAACGCAGAGUGUGCAGUGGUCAAUCAUGUACCCACAUGCAGUUGCACCCGUGGCUACGAAGGUGAUCCAUUCACAGGCUGCAAACGGAAAACUCCAAACGCACCACGCAGUCCCUGCGAACCUACACCUUGCGGUGGCAAUAGUAUUUGCCGCGUGGUUGACGAUCGUCCAACAUGCUCAUGUCAGAUUGGCUAUUUCGGUGCACCACCCAACUGUCGCCCGGAAUGUGUUGUCAGUUCGGAAUGCUCACAACAUUUGGCUUGUAUCAAUCAAAAGUGCACAGAUCCUUGCAUUGGCACCUGCGGCUUCAACGCUAAAUGCCAGGUAGUAAAUCACAAUCCGAUCUGUUCAUGUCCUGGCGACUACAUGGGUGAUCCCUUCGAACAAUGUGUGCCGAAACCUCGAGAACCACCACCACGGGGCAACCCCUGCCUACCUAGCCCUUGCGGCCCCAAUGCCGAAUGCCGUGACGUAGAUAACCGCGCUGCUUGUAGUUGCGCUCCAGGUAUGUUUGGCGCACCGCCCAACUGUCGUCCGGAAUGUGUUAUCAAUCAAGACUGUCCAUCGAACCGCGCUUGUAUACGUCAACGUUGUGAGGAUCCUUGUGUUGGCGCUUGCGGUUUCAAUGCGAUUUGUACAACACAAAAUCACAACCCAGUUUGCUCUUGCCUCGAAGGUUACGAGGGUGACCCAUAUGCUGGUUGCAACACGCCGCAAAUUGUAAUUCCUGAUAUUCCCGCCGAUCCAUGCAAUCCAUCGCCUUGCGGCUCGAAUGCCGUUUGCCGAAAUCGCAAUGGUGCUGGUUCAUGUACCUGCAUUAAAAAUUACUUUGGUGAUCCUUAUAUAAAUUGUCGCCCUGAAUGUGUACAGAAUAGUGAUUGCGUGCGCACAAAAUCCUGCGUGAAUAUGAAAUGUGUCGACCCAUGUGUAGGUCUGUGCGGCAUUAAUGCUGAGUGUCACGUUAAUAAUCAUGUGCCGCUCUGCCUUUGCAAUCCCGGCUUCACAGGCAAUCCAAUGCGUAACUGCCACGAAAAACCAUCAAGUAUGACUCACUCAAGCCCAUCAUUAAACGCAACUCCUAACCAAAUUGCCUAUAUUUGUCUCCCUCACUGUCACUUAGAUAUGUAUUUGCCUAUACCGCGUGAUCCUUGUCGUCCAUCACCAUGUGGUUUAUAUAGCACUUGUCGUGUUGUAAGCAAUCGCGCCGUUUGCUCUUGCCUCCCCAAUUAUUUGGGCAACCCACCGAAUUGCAAACCGGAGUGCAUGUUGAGUUCCGAAUGUCCUUCGAACAAGGCUUGUAUGAACAUGCGUUGUCAGGAUCCGUGUCCAGGUACAUGUGGCCAGAAUGCACAUUGUCGCGUUACCAACCAUUCACCAAUUUGUAGCUGUGCAGAUGGAUACACUGGCGAUCCAUUCCAACAAUGUGUGCCCGAAAGAAAACCACUUGAUACACCACGCAUACCACCUCAAAAUCCUUGUGUGCCCAGCCCCUGUGGUCCAAAUUCACAAUGCCGUGCAUCAAGCUCUGGCGCAGUCUGCUCAUGUGUUGCAAACUACAUUGGCCGACCACCAAACUGCCGUCCGGAAUGCACAAUCAACUCUGAAUGUCCAUCGCAACUGUCUUGCAUGAAUGCGCGCUGCGCAAAUCCUUGCAUAGGAUCGUGUGGCAACAAUGCAAUCUGUCAAGUCAGUGCGCAUGCACCUAUUUGCAUGUGUGUAUCGGGCUACACCGGCGAUCCGUUCUCUGGUUGCUACAAAAUUAUACAACUACCCGAUGAACCAAUCCAACCCUGCCGUCCGAGUCCAUGUGGGGUGAAUGCCAUUUGCGAAGAGCGCGAUCGUGCGGCUUCAUGUAAAUGCAUACCCGAUUACUUUGGCGACCCAUAUGUUGAGUGUCGUCCGGAGUGCGUUAUCAAUUCGGAUUGCCCGAAAGUGCGCGCCUGCGUCAACAACAAAUGUGUUGAUCCAUGUCCGGGUAUGUGUGGCCGUAACGCCGAAUGCGCCACCUUAAAUCACAUGCCGAACUGUGAAUGCCUUAACGGCUUCACCGGAAAUCCCAUCAUUGGUUGCUCUGCCAUACCUGAGCCACCCCCACAAUGUAAGAUCUCAAUUAGCCUGCGGAAAGGAGUAGUCACUCAUACUGACGACACACAAUUUAUUUUUCUUUUUGAAUGCGUUGCCCUCGUAGAUGAACCUCCGGUGUCUAUCAACCCUUGCCAGCCAUCCCCUUGUGGGCUGUAUAGCAAUUGUCGACCUGUCAAUGGCCAUGCAGUGUGCUCAUGCUUACCGAACUACUUGGGUGCACCACCCAACUGUCGUCCAGAAUGCAUGAGCAGCUCUGACUGUGCGCAAGACAAGAGCUGCAUCAACGAACGUUGUAAAGAUCCCUGCCCGGGCACUUGCGGAAACAAUGCCCUCUGCCGUGUCGUCCAUCACAAUCCGAUUUGUUCAUGUACACCUGGUUACACCGGCGAUCCAUUUGUACGCUGCAUCUACGAAGAGAAACGACCUAUCAUAAGAGAUCCCAUAAAUCCAUGUAUCCCAUCGCCGUGCGGCCCGAAUUCACAGUGUCGCGUUUCGGACGCAAACGGUCAAGCUGUGUGCUCGUGUCUGCCUAACUACAUCGGCAGGGCACCGAGUUGCCGACCCGAAUGCACAUCGAAUUCGGAAUGUCGCGGUAAUAUGGCUUGCAUCAAUCAACAUUGUCAAGAUCCUUGCCAGGGCUCAUGUGGCUCAUACACAACAUGUAUUGUAAAUAAUCAUAGACCAAUAUGCCGCUGCUUGGACGGUUAUACGGGUGAUCCUUUCUCAGAAUGUAGUCCACAAAUUCAUGUACCGCCAGAAAUCCCCAUGCCUUGCAAUCCCAGCCCCUGUGGUGCGAAUGCUCUUUGCAAAGAACGUAACGGAGUGGGCUCCUGUACCUGCUUACCCGAAUACACUGGAGAUCCAUACACUGAAUGCCGUCCCGAAUGUGUACUAAAUACCGACUGUCCGAAGAAUCUUGCUUGUAUGAAUAAUAAAUGCCGCGAUCCAUGUCCAGGCGCGUGUGGCGUCGGCGCUGAGUGUCACGUUAUCAACCAUGCGCCCAGUUGCAGCUGCCCAUCUGGUUACACGGGUAACCCUUCGCAAUAUUGUCGUGAACAACCAAAACACAUCGAACCUGAGCCUUGCCGCCCUUCACCAUGUGGUCCUUACAGCCAAUGUCAUAAAGUGAACGGUCAUGCGGUCUGCUCAUGCAUAACCAAUUAUAUUGGUGCACCGCCGUCUUGUCGUCCUGAAUGUUCCGUUAGCUCGGAGUGUUCGCAGGACAAGGCUUGCGUAAAUAUGCGCUGUGUAGAUCCGUGCCCGGGCACUUGCGGAAAUGAAGCGCGUUGUAAGGUGACAAAUCACAAUCCAAUUUGCACUUGUCCCCCUGGCUACUCCGGAGAUCCAUUUAUACGUUGUCUGCCCGCAGAACGCGAGGAACCUCGUUUACCAACAAGACCAUCCAGCCCUUGUAUUCCAAGUCCGUGCGGACUAAACUCACAAUGUCGAGCUGUUGGCGAAACGCCAGUCUGCUCAUGUUUGCCUAACUUUGUUGGCCGUGCACCAAACUGCCGCCCUGAAUGCACGCUCAACUCAGAAUGCCCUGCCAACUUGGCUUGUUUAAAUGAGCGUUGCAAGGAUCCCUGCCCUGGUUCGUGCGGUUUCAAUGCUUUCUGCAAUGUGGUGAAUCACUCGCCAGUGUGCAGUUGUGAAACUGGUUUCACUGGCGAUCCGUUCGCCGGCUGCACUCCAACACCAACUGUAAUACCGGAAGAACGACUUACACCUUGCAUCCCUACGCCCUGUGGCCCCAACGCCGAAUGUAGAGAACGCAAUGGCGCUGGUUCAUGCGUUUGCCUGCCAGAAUAUUUGGGAGAUCCCUAUAGCGGAUGCCGUCCCGAAUGCAUUGCUAACUCCGACUGCCCGCGUGACAAGUCUUGUGUAAAUAACAAAUGUACUGAUCCCUGUCCAGGUGUUUGUGGAUUGAAUGCCGAAUGUCAUGUGUCCAAUCAUGCACCAACAUGUCAAUGUCUGCAAGGUUACACGGGUAACCCGUUAAGCGCUUGCCGUGAAAUACCUCAGCUCCCGCCAACGCCAACCCCGAAAGACUCAAAUCCUUGCGUUCCAUCACCAUGCGGCCCCUACAGUCAAUGUCGCGAGGUAAACGGCCAUGCAGUAUGCUCCUGUCAGACCAACUUUAUUGGGUCACCACCAAAUUGUAAGCCCGAAUGUAUCGUUUCCUCAGACUGCCCACAAAACCUUGCAUGUCAAAACCAGAAAUGUGUCGACCCCUGCCCUGGCACCUGCAGCAGCGAAGCGCGUUGCCAGGUUAUAAAUCAUUAUGCAGCGUGCUCUUGCCCGCCGGGCUUUACCGGAGAUCCAUUCAGUAGAUGUAUUAAAAUUAAACUGGACGUGCCUUCUGUAGUAGUUAAACCUGGUAACCCAUGUAUACCUUCACCGUGUGGACCCAACUCGAAGUGUGUCGAUGUUGGCGGUUCACCAGCAUGUUCCUGUUUGCCUACCUACUUGGGACGACCACCGAAUUGCCGUCCCGAGUGCCUAAGUAGCUCAGAUUGUCCAGCUAAUUUGGCAUGUACCAAUCAGAAAUGUUCGAAUCCUUGUGUCGGCGCAUGCGGUGUACAUACACUAUGUACAGUUAUUAAACACAAUCCCACGUGUCAAUGUGAAAUAGGCUAUACUGGAGAUCCUUUCUCUGGAUGUGCCAUUGUAAAAAUGACACCAACGGAAGAACCACGCAAUCCUUGCAAUCCCAGCCCAUGUGGUGCGAAUGCUGUUUGUCGCGAGCGAAAUGGUGCAGGAUCCUGUUCAUGCUUGCCUGAGUACUUUGGAGAUCCAUAUAGUGGUUGCCGUCCGGAAUGUGUACAAAAUUCAGAUUGCGAUCGUUCGCGUGCUUGCAUUAAUAAUAAAUGUCAAGAUCCAUGCCCUGGUGUAUGUGGCAUAAAUGCAGAAUGUCGUGUCUUAAAUCACGCACCAAACUGCAUGUGUUUUGAUGGUUACACCGGCGAUCCACACCGUUCCUGUUCUGUUAUCGAAAUUACGACUAUGACUCCAAUCAAUCCAUGCCAACCAUCACCUUGUGGCCCUUACAGCGAAUGUCACGAGUCUAAUGGGCAUGCUGUUUGCUCUUGCGUCGAUGGUUACGUCGGAGCGCCACCAUCUUGUAAACCGGAAUGUGUUGUCAGCUCGGAGUGCCCACAGAAUCGCGCUUGUAUUAAUCAGAAGUGUGCAGAUCCAUGUCGUGGUGCGUGCGGCAACAAUGCUCGUUGUCAAGUGGUCAACCAUAAUCCGAUUUGUACAUGUGCGCCUGGCUUAACCGGUGAUCCGUUUACUUCCUGCAUUGAAGAAAAAGAAACACCUCGAGAUCCACAAAAUCCAUGCGUACCUUCUCCUUGUGGUCCCAACUCAUUGUGUCGUGAGAUAGGUGGGCAAGCAGCAUGUUCCUGUCAGACCAACUAUGUAGGUCGACCUCCCAACUGCCGUCCGGAAUGUACCAACAGUGAUGAAUGUCCCAAUAACUUAUCGUGUCAGAACGAACGAUGCAUCGAUCCAUGUCCCGGCUCUUGCGGCAGCAAUGCCUUCUGUAAGGUUGUGCAACACAACGCUAUCUGCUCAUGUACGGAUGGUUACGAGGGCGACCCAAUUUUGGGUUGCGAGUUAAUACAACCAGUACUGCCGAAACAACCGCCUAGCUCGCCAUGUGAACCUUCACCUUGUGGCCCACAUACCGAAUGUAGAGAACGUAAUGGAGCCGGUGCGUGCUAUUGCCAUGACGGUUUCGAAGGCAAUCCCUAUGAUACAGACCGCGGUUGCCGACGUGAAUGUGAAAUUAAUGAUGACUGUUCUACAGCACAGGCCUGUGUACGCUUCAAGUGCGUUGAUCCAUGCAACAACAUUUGUGGUGAAUUCGCCAUUUGCUCGGUGGAGAAUCAUGUACCUACAUGCAACUGUCCACCUGGUUACACCGGCGAUCCGUUCUUCCAGUGCAAGCAGAUACCAGUUACGCCCCCACCACCGAUAAACCCUUGCGUACCAUCACCAUGUGGACCGAAUAGUAUCUGUCGCAGCAUAAAUGAUCAAGCCGUAUGCUCUUGUCAAGCCGGUUUCAUCAAUCAGCCUCCAAACUGCCGACCCGAGUGCGUUGUCAGUUCUGAGUGCGUUCCGGAACGCGCGUGUGUUAAUAACAAAUGCGUCGAUCCAUGCUUACACACUUGUGGUAUACGCGCAAUUUGUACCACAAGGAAUCACAGCCCGAUUUGUACUUGUCCACGUGGUAUGACUGGUGAUCCAUUCGUACAGUGCUCGAAAAUUCCAAUUAUCCACGAUGUAGAACCUACAGAGCGCCCCCCAUCUUGUGUGCCUUCGCCUUGCGGACCUAACUCCAAAUGUCAAAUUAUCGGCGGUAGUCCGGCUUGCUCUUGCCUUCAAGACUUUAUCGGUGCACCACCAAACUGCCGCCCUGAAUGUGUUCUCAACUCAGAAUGCGGUCCAACUGAAGCAUGCAUCAAUCAAAAAUGCCGUGACCCAUGCCCUGGUUCCUGCGGUUUCGAAGCCAAGUGUCACGUACUCAAUCAUGUACCAAUUUGCAACUGCAUUGACGGUUAUACAGGCGAUCCAUUCAUACGUUGCAGUCCAAUACCACCAGUUAUAGAAACACCAAAAAUUCCUAACGAUCCCUGCGAUCCGAGCCCAUGUGGACCGAAUGCCGACUGCUUCAAUGGAGAAUGUCGCUGCCAAGACAACUAUCAAGGUAAUCCUUACGAUAGUUGUCGUCCAGAGUGCACGCUCUCAGCAGAUUGCCCACGCGACAAGGCUUGUAUGCGUAACAAAUGUGUGGACCCAUGCCCCGGCACUUGUGGUAUUAAUGCCAUUUGUGAAGUACUCAACCAUAUCCCUGUUUGUUCAUGCAUCACGGGCUAUGAAGGAGAUCCGUUCAGCAAUUGCAGACUUAAGGAUAUAAUCGAACUACCUAAGCAAGCAGUUUGUUCGCCAUCGCCUUGUGGCGCAAACAGCCAAUGUCGUGACAUCAACGGUCAUGCAGUAUGCUCAUGCCUAGAGGGUUACAUCGGAAGUCCACCACAAUGUCGACCUGAAUGUGUAGUGUCCAGCGAAUGCUCGGCAUUGCAUGCUUGUGUCAACAAAAAAUGUACUGAUCCAUGUGCAGGCGCCUGCGGUAUUGACGCUCGUUGCGAAGUUAUUAAUCACAGUCCAAUUUGCGGUUGCUCUCCUGGUAAAACAGGCGACCCAUUCAAGCGCUGUUUUGAUAUACCACCGCCACAGCCACCAGAAGAACGUGAUCCGGGCAUACCGCGCGAUCCAUGCGUACCCAAUGUGUGCGGGCCCAAUUCAAUUUGUAAAGCUACUGACAGCAGACCUUCUUGCCAGUGUUUACCAGAGUUCUUCGGUUCGCCACCAAACUGCCGUCCAGAAUGUAUAAUCAACCCAGAUUGUCCAUCAAGUCAAGCAUGCAUUAAUAAUAAAUGCCAUGAUCCUUGUCCUGGUUCUUGUGGCACAAAUGCUGAGUGUCGCGUGAUAAGUCAUACCGUUUCCUGCUCAUGUCCUGCGGGCUUUGCUGGUAAUGCCUUUGUUCAAUGUGUACCUGCUAUUGAAGAGCCGGUCAAACCGUGCGAGCCGUCGCCAUGCGGCGCGAACGCCGAAUGUAUUGAGCGUAAUGGUGCAGCUUCUUGUAAAUGUAUAGAUGACUACCAAGGCAAUCCUUACGAUGGUUGUCGACCCGAAUGUGUGCUAAGUUCUGACUGUCCAACGGACAAGGCUUGCAUACGCAACAAAUGUAAAGAUCCCUGUCCUGGAAUUUGCGGCUCAAAUGCACAAUGCUACGCCGUUAAUCAUGUGCCGAAUUGUGUUUGCAAUGAAGGCUACACCGGAGAUCCGUUCUCAAAUUGUCAACGUCAAGUUGCGCCACCAUCGCCCCCACCACAAGGUAAUCCAUGUCAGCCAUCACCUUGUGGACUGAACAGCAAAUGUCGCGAAUCAAAUGGUCUCGCCGUAUGCUCAUGCUUAGACUCGUUUAUCGGCGCACCACCUAACUGCAAACCAGAGUGCACCGUCAAUGCUGAAUGUCCCCAAAAUAAGGCUUGUCAUAACUUUAGAUGUGCUAAUCCUUGUGCCGGUACCUGCGGCAUAGACGCAAAGUGUGAAGUAAUCAAUCACAAUCCUAUAUGCAGUUGUCCACUAGAUAUGACGGGUGAUCCGUUCUCGCGUUGCUAUCCAACACCACCACCUGCACCUAAAGAUGAACCCAAGGCGCCAAGACACCCAUGCUUCCCAUCACCCUGUGGGCUAUAUGCCGAGUGUCGAGCUAGUGGUGAUCAACCAUCAUGCUCAUGCCUACCCAACUAUAUCGGCGCACCACCAAAUUGCCGCCCUGAAUGCGUCGUAAACACUGACUGCUCACCCGAAAAGUCUUGCAUAGCUGAGAAAUGCCGCAAUCCAUGUGAAGGUACAUGCGGUAUCAAUUCGGAGUGCCGCAUACAGAAUCAUCUAGCUGUUUGUACUUGUCGCAGCGGUUUCACCGGCGAUCCAUUUUCGCAAUGCGUGGAAAUAAUCGAAAUCAAAACACCGCCCACCGUAUCGACAGAUCCCUGUGAUAUCCAGCCUUGUGGCGCCAAUGCCGAAUGCGACAAUGGCAUUUGUACGUGCAUACGCGAUUAUCAAGGUGAUCCCUAUGUAGGGUGUCGCCCCGAGUGUACACUCAGCACAGACUGUUCACCGAAUAAAACUUGUCUCAACAAGAAAUGUGUAGAUCCGUGCCCAGGUACUUGUGGUCAAAAUGCACAAUGCGAUGUCAGCAACCACAUUCCGAUAUGUAGUUGUCCAAAGGGUUACGCUGGCGAUCCAUUCAUCAAUUGCCAUCCGGAAAUACAACGAGAACCAACGCCCAGAGAUCCAUGCCAGCCAAGUCCAUGCGGAUCAAACAGCAUUUGUCAAGCAACCGCACAGGGUGCCGUCUGUGCCUGCCAGCCAGGUAUGUUGGGCUCGCCACCGGCCUGCAAACCAGAGUGCAUAGUCAGUUCUGAAUGUUCACUGCAAACUGCAUGCAUACAAAAGAAAUGCGUAGAUCCAUGUCCUGGCGCUUGCGGCCAAUUUGCCAAAUGUCAAGUAAUAAACCACAAUCCGAUCUGCACUUGUAAUGCCGGCUACACAGGUGAUCCGUUUACACGCUGUUACAUAGAAGAACGUGUCAUUGAGAAAACACCAACAGCCAAUCCCUGCAUACCAUCACCAUGUGGACCGAACUCCGAAUGUAAGGUAGUCGGAGAUAGCUACGCAUGCUCUUGCGCAGUCAGCUUUUUAGGCAAACCACCUAAUUGUCGACCAGAAUGUACCAUUAAUCCGGAAUGUUCGUCAACAAAGGCGUGUAUACGACAGAAAUGCGAAGAUCCAUGUGUGGGUUCGUGUGGUUUCAAUGCGCGUUGCAAUGUGGCCAAUCAUAUGCCCAUCUGCACCUGUGAAGUGGGAUAUACCGGUGAUCCAUUCACCGGCUGUCAGCCAGUACAAGAGCGUAUUGUAAACGAGCAAAUUACACCGUGCCAGCCCAAUCCAUGUGGCUCGAAUGCCAUUUGUCGCGAUCGUAAUGGCAUUGGCUCGUGUCAGUGUCUACCCGAUUAUUUCGGUGACCCCUAUCAGUCGUGUCGACCCGAAUGUAUACGCAAUUCGGAUUGUCCUAGUUCGCAAGCAUGUACUCAACAAAAAUGUCGCGAUCCUUGCCCAGGCACUUGUGGCACAAACGCUGAUUGCAGCGUUAUAAAUCAUGUACCGUCGUGUAUGUGCCGCAUCGGUUUUACGGGCGAUCCUUAUAGUUACUGCCAUUUGGAGCCACCAGCACCCAUUCGUGAGGCACCACCAAUAAAUCCGUGCCAGCCAUCACCAUGUGGUCCCAACUCUCAGUGCCGCGAGCUUAAUGGCCAGGCGGUAUGUUCGUGUUUGGAACAAUAUAUUGGCGUACCGCCAAACUGCCACCCAGAAUGUGUUCUCAGCACAGAAUGUGCCCAUGACAAAGCAUGCAUAAAUCAACGUUGUGUGGAUCCCUGUCCAGGCACGUGUGGCACAAACGCUGAGUGCCGCGUGCGCAAUCAUAGUCCGUUGUGUCAGUGCCGUAAUGGUUUUACCGGCGAUGCGUUUACACGUUGCUAUCCAAUACCACCCCCGCCACCAGCUAUUUCUCAUAUUGAACGGGAUCCUUGCGUACCCUCACCUUGUGGCCCACAUAGCGAUUGUCGCAACAUCAACAGCGUACCGUCUUGCUCCUGUCUACAAAAUUACAUUGGGGCGCCACCCAACUGUCAUCCGGAAUGUACCAUCAGCGCUGAAUGUCCUUCGAACAAGGCUUGUAUACUCGAAAAAUGCAUCGAUCCCUGUCCGGGCUCUUGCGGGUUUGACGCCGAGUGUAGUGUCAUCAACCACACUCCCAUUUGUACAUGUCCCAAAGGUUACACGGGCGAUCCAUUCACCAACUGUCACCUCAUUCCACCAGAACCAAUCAUUAAUGAACCCAUCGAUCCUUGUCAUCCAUCACCAUGUGGUGCAAAUGCUCAAUGCCAAAAUGGUAUUUGUACCUGUCUUACAGAAUAUCACGGGGACCCAUACACAGGUUGUCGUCCCGAAUGUGUUUUGAACACUGACUGCUCGCGCGAAAAGGCAUGCUUACGCAGAAAAUGCGCCAACCCCUGCCCUGGCACAUGUGGUGAAAACGCCAUUUGUGAUGUUAUAAACCAUAUACCCAUGUGUAGAUGCCCAGAUGGCACUGUCGGCAGUGCUUUCAUUCGUUGCAGUCCAGCACCAAAAAUUACAGUCACAAAUCCAUGUCAUCCUUCACCUUGCGGUCCGAACUCUCAGUGUCGCGAAGUCAACCAACAAGCUGUUUGUUCUUGUCUGCCCAACUUCAUGAGCAGUCCACCAACUUGCCGCCCUGAAUGUGUCUCGAAUUCUGACUGUGCCCCUACACAGGCUUGUCUAAACCAGAAGUGUGGGGAUCCAUGCCCGGGCACAUGCGGUAUUGAUGCCGAGUGCUCUGUCGUCAAUCAUAGCCCUUUCUGCACUUGUCCGCCUCGAUACAGUGGAAACCCAUUCAUACGCUGUCAACCGAUUAUUGAACCACAACGUGUCAUCACACCAACGGAUCCUUGCCGUCCAUCGCCUUGUGGCCCAUAUUCACAAUGUCGUCCAAUCGGUGAAGCACCAUCGUGUUCUUGUCUUGAGUCCUAUAUAGGCCGUCCACCGAAUUGUCGACCCGAAUGCGUUACGAGCUCAGACUGCGCCAGCACCUUAGCAUGUAUCAAUCAUAAAUGUGUUGAUCCCUGCCCUGGACGCUGUGGCUUGAAUGCAGAAUGUCGUGUGAUUAGCCAUGCUGUACAAUGUAACUGUGUGGUUGGCUAUACCGGCGAUCCAUUUGUGCAAUGCAGUCUUCCACCAGAACGUGAUGUCGUCGAAAUACGAACACCUUGCAGUCCGAGUCCGUGUGGACCUAAUGCAGUUUGUCGCGAACAUAAUGGUGCUGGUUCAUGCGCAUGCUUGCCGGAAUACUUUGGCAAUCCCUAUGAGGGUUGCCGCCCUGAAUGCAUAAUGAAUUCCGAUUGCCCCUCGAAUAAAGCAUGCCAGCAACAGAAGUGCCAAGAUCCAUGUCCAGGCACUUGUGGCCAGAAUGCCGAUUGUCAAGUAGUCAAUCAUUUGCCAUCUUGCACUUGCAUUAACGGCUAUACCGGUGAUCCAUAUCGUAUCUGCACACCUCCUGUUGAACCCAUGCGUACAGAAUACGUGAAUCCAUGCCAGCCCACGCCGUGUGGUCCAAACUCUCAGUGUCGUGAGUCAAAUGAACAAGCUGUUUGUUCUUGUCUACCGGAUUUCGUAGGCACUCCACCUGCAUGUCGUCCUGAAUGUACCAUUUCCUCUGAGUGCGACACAAAUAGGGCUUGCAUCGCUCAAAAAUGCGUGGAUCCAUGCGCGACCAAUCCAUGCGGCAACAAUGCUCAAUGUCGUGUUAGGAAUCACAGUCCCAUUUGUACUUGCAAUAAUGGAUUUACCGGCGAUGCAUUUACUAGAUGUUAUCCCAUACCACCGCCAUCCAUUGAAGUUGAACGCGAAGAAUAUCGUGACCCCUGCUUACCCUCACCUUGCGGUCCUAACGCAGAGUGUCGGAAUAUAAACGGUGUUCCCUCUUGCUCUUGUCUAACUGCAUUCAUCGGCCAACCACCCAAUUGCCGACCAGAAUGCACUAUCAAUUCGGAGUGUCCAAGUCAGCAGGCUUGCAUCAAUAAGAAAUGUAGAGAUCCCUGUCCUGGCGCUUGUGGUCUAAACACAGAAUGUCGAGUAAUCAAUCAUACACCGACAUGUACUUGUAUAGAAAACUAUAUAGGCAAUCCGUUUAUCAACUGUAAUCUUAAACCACCAGAACCAACUCAACCAACAGUGUUCGAUGAUCCUUGCGUUCCAUCACCAUGUGGCCCAAAUAGUCAAUGCAACAAUGGCCAAUGUACUUGUAUACCGGAAUAUCAGGGUGAUCCUUAUAUAGGCUGUCGUCCAGAAUGUGUCCUCAAUACAGAUUGUGCACGAGAUCGCGCAUGUGUCCGCAAUAAAUGUAUCGAUCCAUGUCCUGGAACCUGCGGUAACAACGCAAUUUGCGUUGUUAACAACCACGUCCCCAUGUGUCAUUGUCCGGAAAAUAUGUCCGGCAAUGCCUUCUUCGAGUGCCACGCAAUUGAAAAGCCCAUAAUAAGAAAUCCUUGUCAACCAUCGCCUUGUGGACCCAACAGUCAGUGUCGUGAACUGCAGAAUGUAGGUGUCUGCUCUUGUCUCCAAGGCUUUAUAGGUAGUCCACCGCAAUGCCGUCCAGAAUGCACGACAAACUCUGAAUGUCCACCCGAUCAAGCAUGUCAGAACUCCAAGUGUCGCGAUCCAUGUCCGGGAACAUGUGGCUUUAAUGCUGUGUGCAAUAUUGUCAAUCAUAACCCAUUCUGUACAUGUCGCAGUCAAAUGACAGGGAAUCCGUUUGUGCGUUGUCUGGAAAUAAUUGCUCCUAUUACUCAAGACACACCUCCUAAUCCCUGUGUACCCUCGCCAUGUGGUCCAAACUCAGAGUGCAGAGUCUCUGGUGACUCUCCGUCGUGCUCAUGCCUGCCAGAGUUUAAAGGUUCACCGCCAAAUUGUCGUCCUGAAUGCAUAUCCAACUCAGAAUGCCCGUUGAAACAAGCAUGUAUAAAUCAGAAAUGCAAAGAUCCUUGCCCUGGAUUGUGUGGGCUGAACGCCAAUUGUCGUGUCUUUAGUCACACCCCCAUGUGUCUCUGUCAAGACAGCUUUACUGGUGAUCCAUUCUCGCAAUGUAAUCCAGUAAAAGAUAAGCGAAUUGAAGUGCUAAAGCCGUGCAGUCCGAGUCCAUGUGGCGUCAACGCUAAAUGCGAAGAACGUGGCAGUGCGGGUUCUUGUCAAUGCUUACCAGAGUACUUUGGAAAUCCAUAUGAAGGAUGUCGACCGGAAUGUGUGCUUAAUUCAGACUGUCCAUCGAACAAGGCUUGUCAAAAUCAGAAAUGUGUCGAUCCCUGUCCAGGCACAUGUGGUGCAAACGCAAUAUGCCAAACGAUCAACCAUAUACCUUCUUGUGAAUGCUAUUCCGGCUAUAUUGGUGAUCCAUAUCAAUUAUGUCAAGUAGUCCAAGAAGAACCGCCGAAAGUAUACGAAAAUUCCUGCCAGCCAUCGCCGUGUGGUCCUAAUUCCAAAUGCCGUGAAGUUAAUGGUCAAGGGGUUUGUUCCUGCCUGCCAGAGUACGUAGGCAGUCCACCAGCGUGUCGACCAGAGUGCAUAACUAGCUCUGAAUGUUCCACCGAUAAGGCAUGUAUUAAUCGGAAAUGUGUUGAUCCCUGCCCGGGAGUUUGUGGACAGAAUGCUGAAUGUCGCGUUAGGAAUCACAGUCCCAUCUGUACUUGUGACAAUGGUUUCACCGGCGAUGCGUUUGUGCGUUGCUUCCGAAUUAUAACGUCACCUCCUCCACCACCGCCACAAUUUCAGCCACAAGAUCCAUGCGUACCAUCACCCUGUGGCCCAAAUUCCCUAUGUCGUGAUGCGCAUGGCACCCCAUCGUGCUCUUGCUUACCGAAUUUCCUUGGAACACCCCCAUCUUGUCGUCCAGAAUGCAGUCUCAACUCGGAGUGUCCCAGUCAUCAAGCUUGUAUUAAUCAGAAAUGUCGGGAUCCUUGUCCAGGCUCUUGUGGCCUCAGUGCAUUAUGCAAUGUCAUAAACCAUACACCGAUUUGCACAUGUCAAACAGGUUAUACCGGCAAUCCAUUCACUGUCUGUAAUCCGUUACCUCCACCACGAACUGAAAUUGUGCCCCAAGACGAUCCAUGUAUUCCCUCGCCCUGCGGUUCAAAUGCACAAUGUAACAAUGGCCAGUGUACAUGUAUACCAGAAUACUUUGGCGAUCCCUAUAAAGGCUGUCGACCUGAAUGUGUGUUGCACACGGAUUGUGCCAGAGAUCGCGCUUGUGUACGCCACAAGUGCGUCGACCCCUGCCCUGGAACAUGCGCAUCUAAUGCCAUCUGUGAAGUUUUGAAUCACAUACCAAUUUGUCGCUGCCCCGACGGUAUGGAAGGCAAUGCUUUCAUACAAUGCACACCCAUACAGAAACUGGAUGUUCCACGGAAUCCUUGUCAUCCAACACCCUGCGGACCAAAUAGUCAAUGUCGCGAAGUUAAUCAACAAGCCGUAUGUUCCUGCAUACCGUCCUUUAUAGGCAACCCACCCUUCUGUCGGCCGGAAUGCACUACCAACUCAGAAUGCCCACUGAAUCAUGCUUGCCUUAAUCAGAAAUGUUCCAAUCCAUGCCCAGGCGUUUGUGGCAUUAAUGCACUUUGCCAUGUAACUAAUCACAGUCCGUUCUGUCGUUGCCCGCACAGAUAUUCCGGUAAUCCAUUUAUCAGUUGCCAACCCAUCAUAGAGUUGCCGGUACCGCGUCCACCCACCCAACCUUGUGAACCAUCACCUUGCGGUCCAUACUCUGAAUGUCGCGUUGUGGGUGACCAGCCCUCGUGCACUUGCUUGACCGAUUAUAUCGGUGCUCCACCUAAUUGUAGACCCGAAUGCGUGACUAGCUCAGAAUGUGCCACUAAUUUAGCCUGUAUCAAUCAAAAAUGCAAAGACCCUUGUCCAGGCUUGUGUGGGAAUAGUGCUGUAUGCCGAGUUCUUUCUCACACUCCAAGCUGCUAUUGUCCAACAGGCUUCGAAGGCGAUCCAUUCGUACAAUGUGUGGAAAUUAAAAUCCCACAACUGGAUCAUAUCGAUCCUUGCAAUCCAAACCCUUGUGGUCCGAAUGCACGCUGCGUGCAACGUAAUGACGCUGGUUCAUGCCAAUGCCUUCCUGAGUACUUUGGUAAUCCUUACGAAGGCUGUAGACCUGAGUGCAUGUUAAAUUCUGAUUGUGCUUCCGACAAAGCCUGCCAAAAUAUGAAAUGCCGUGAUCCCUGUCCUGGCACCUGCGGCCAAAAUGCCAUCUGUGUAGUGCUGAAUCACGUACCGACAUGUAGUUGUAUACCUGACUAUAGUGGUGACCCAUAUCGCUUUUGCCAAGUAGAGAAACAACCUAUCAAGGAAUAUAUCAACCCCUGUCAGCCCUCGCCGUGUGGUCCAAACUCGCAGUGUCGUGAAAUUAACCAGCAGGCUGUAUGCUCGUGUCUACCCGAAUACAUUGGUAGUCCUCCGCUCUGCCGCCCCGAAUGCACGAUCUCGACAGAGUGCGCUUUCGACAAAGCGUGCAUCAAUCAAAAAUGCGUCGAUCCAUGUCCAGGCAUGUGUGGUCAGAAUGCUAAUUGUCACGUGCGCAAUCACAGUCCACUCUGCUCUUGCCGUGCAGGUUUCACAGGAGAUGCCUUCUCACGUUGUUUCGCUAUACCACCUACACCACUUGCUCCUGUUCAGCGUCAGCCUGUAGAUCCUUGUGUCCCCUCCCCGUGUGGUCAAAAUUCCCAAUGCCGUCGCAUUGGCGAUUCACCUUCCUGUGUUUGCUUACCCAAGUACAUCGGCUCACCACCUAACUGUCGUCCGGAGUGCACUAUUAACUCAGACUGCCCAAGCAGUCAAGCGUGUAUUAAUGACAAAUGCCGCGAUCCCUGUCCCGGCUCGUGUGGUUUUGGCGCUAUCUGUAAUGUUAUCAACCAUACUCCGAGCUGCACCUGCCCUGCGAGAUAUACUGGAGAUCCAUUCACUUAUUGUCUACCAGAACCACCACCAAAACCCAUCGUUGAGAAAGAUCCUUGCAAUCCUUCACCAUGUGGUUCAAACGCUCAGUGUAACGACGGUAUUUGCACUUGCCUACUAGAAUAUCAGGGCGAUCCUUACACUGGUUGCCGACCCGAAUGUGUAAUCAGUACCGACUGUGCACGAGAUCGUGCUUGCAUACGUAAUAAAUGUAUUGAUCCUUGCCCGGGCACUUGUGCACCGAAUGCUGUUUGUAACGUCAUCAAUCAUAUACCAAUCUGUUCAUGUCCGAGUGGCAUGUCCGGCAACGCGUUUAUACAGUGCUCGCCAUUGCCAUCACGCGUUAUGGUCAAUCCCUGUCAACCUUCACCUUGUGGUCCAAAUUCUCAAUGUCGCGAAGUGAAUGAGCAGGCAGUCUGCUCCUGCAUACCAGGCUAUUUUGGCUCACCACCUGUUUGUCGUCCAGAAUGUACAGCUAACCAGGAGUGCGCAGCCAACUUGGCGUGUGUCAAUCAAAAGUGCAUCGAUCCAUGCCCUGGCAGUUGUGGACGCAACGCACAGUGCAACACCGUCAACCAUAAACCAUUUUGUACUUGCUUACCGCAAUAUACAGGAAAUCCAUUUGUAGCUUGUCAACGCAUCAUCGACCAGCCUCAACUGGAUGUUACUCCAACCGAUCCUUGUCGUCCGUCACCUUGUGGUCCCAACUCGGAUUGCCGUGCAGUUGGCGACACACCGUCGUGCACAUGUCUUGAAAACUUCAUCGGCUCGCCACCUUACUGCAAACCGGAAUGCGUAUCGAACUCGGAAUGUUCCUCUACAAAGGCCUGUAUUAAUCAACAAUGCAAAGAUCCCUGCCCAGGAUUGUGUGGCACUAGCGCCGAAUGUCACGUCGUAUCGCAUACACCGCGCUGUAUCUGCUUACCUGGAUUUACUGGCGAUCCAUUUACGCUUUGUCAGCCAGUACGAGUGUCCACACCUAUCGAGGUACUCAAUCCAUGUUCGCCAUCGCCUUGUGGAGCCAACGCGAAUUGCCUAGAACAUAAUGGUGCCGGCUCAUGCCAAUGCCAGCCCGAAUACUUCGGUAAUCCAUAUGAGGGUUGUCGACCAGAAUGUAUGCUCAAUUCGGACUGUCCAUCGAACAAGGCAUGUCAGAAUCAAAAAUGCCGCGAUCCAUGCCCAGGUACAUGCGGUCAGAAUGCCGAAUGUAAUAUCGUCAAUCAUUUACCAACGUGCAACUGCUUUGUGGGUUAUACCGGAGAUCCAUAUCGCCAUUGCACCAAGCCUGCAAAACCUAUCAUACAAGAGUACGUAAACCCAUGUGAACCGAGCCCAUGUGGACCGAAUUCCCAAUGCCGCGAAGUAAAUGGUCAGGCAGUCUGUUCAUGCCUUAAUGAGUUUAUUGGUGUACCACCGUCCUGUAGACCCGAGUGCACCUCCAGUUCAGAAUGUGCAAGUGAUAAGGCAUGCAUAAAUCGCAAAUGUGCCGACCCUUGUCCCGGUAUUUGUGGUCAAAAAGCACUCUGCCAAGUGCGUAAUCAUAGUCCAAUAUGUUCCUGUCGUAGUGGCCUUACAGGUGACCCAUUCGUGCGUUGUUAUCCGCUACCAACACCAAUACCUCAGCAGCCCGCCGAUGUACCUCGCGAUCCCUGUGUGCCAUCGCCUUGUGGUCCAUAUGCCACUUGUCGCAAUCAAAACAAUGUGCCAUCUUGUACCUGCCAACAAAAUUAUAUAGGUGCCCCACCCAAUUGUCGUCCUGAAUGUAUUGUGAACUCUGAUUGCUCCAGCGGCCAAUCUUGCAUAAAUGAACGUUGUCGUGAUCCAUGCCCGGGUGCAUGCGGUGUGAACACUAUUUGCAAUGUUGUAAAUCAUACACCGAACUGCGCCUGCCAGCCCGGUUAUGUAGGAGACGCAUUCAUUGCGUGCCAUCCAGCUCCACCACCUCUACCACCGCAACAAGAACCAAUCGACCCUUGCAAUCCUAGCCCCUGUGGGCCCAACGCUAUCUGCUCAGCGGAUGGUCAGUGUGCUUGCAUAUCUGACUACCAAGGUGACCCGUUUGUCGCGUGUAAGCCGGAAUGUGUUCUAAAUACUGAAUGUGCGCGUGAUCUUGCAUGUAUUCGCCAGAAAUGCGUUAAUCCUUGCCCCGGCACCUGUGCUUCAGAGGCCAUCUGUGAAGUUUAUAACCACGUACCCAUGUGUCGUUGCCCUAACCAUAUGACCGGCAAUGCAUUUGUGCAAUGUGUACCUGUUCAGAUGGAUAUUUACCGCAAUCCUUGUCAGCCAUCUCCUUGCGGUCCAAACUCACAAUGUCGCGAAGUGAACUCACAAGCCGUAUGCAGUUGUCUACCGAACUAUCAAGGUAGUCCUCCGUCGUGCCGUCCAGAAUGUACCAGUAACUCUGACUGCGCACCGAAUCGUGCGUGUCAAAACCAACGCUGCGUGGACCCAUGUCCAGGCACUUGUGGAUUAUAUGCGAAAUGUACGGUUGUUAAUCACAAUCCGUUCUGCAUGUGCAAUGAACGUUACACAGGAAAUCCCUUUAUACAAUGUCGUCCCAUAAUUGAACCAGUGCGUGAUACUACUCCAGUGAACCCAUGUCAGCCAUCACCAUGCGGUCCAAAUAGUCAUUGCCAACCUGCAGGCAAUUCACCGUCAUGCUCUUGUCUCGAGAACUUCUUCGGCCAGCCACCUAAUUGUCGCCCCGAAUGUGUAACAAACUCAGAAUGCUUGUCCAAUAAUGUAUGCCGGAACAAUCGUUGUAUAGACCCUUGCCCUGGUCUCUGUGGCAAUAAUGCUCUCUGUCGGGUUAUAAGCCAUUCAGCAAUGUGUUACUGUGAAAGUGGUUAUACUGGUGAUCCAUUCGUACUGUGUACCUUUAUUGUACAAGAACCGGCUGAAGUUAUUGAUCCUUGUAACCCCAAUCCGUGUGGUCCAUUCGCCGAAUGCUUGCAACAAAAUGGCGUAGGCUCUUGUAAAUGCCUUGCAGAGUACUUUGGCAACCCAUAUGAAGGUUGUCGCCCUGAGUGUGUACUAAACACCGAUUGUCCAUCAAACAAGGCGUGCAUAAAUCAGAAAUGCCGCGAUCCCUGCCCCGGAACUUGUGGAUUGAAUGCCGAGUGUUUCACACGAAAUCAUCUACCAACCUGUUCUUGCAUAUUUGGCUACAUGGGAGACCCAUAUCGCUAUUGUACAGUUGAAGACAAGCCUAAGAUACAAGAGUACGUCAAUCCUUGUGAACCAUCGCCAUGUGGUCCAAAUAGUCAGUGUCGUGAAGUUAGUGGCCAAGGCGUCUGCUCUUGUCUGCCAGAGUUUAUCGGCACGCCGCCAGCUUGUAGACCCGAAUGUACCAUAAGCGCAGAAUGUAGCUUUGAUAAGGCAUGCAUAAAUCAAAAAUGUACCGAUCCAUGUCCAGGCAUGUGCGGCGUCGGUGCCCAGUGUCAAGUGCGCAAUCACUCGCCUCUCUGUUCUUGCCAGAACAGAUAUACUGGCGAUCCAUUUACGCGUUGUUAUCCCAUUCCGCCGCCACCACCAAUAGUUGUUGCCGAACCAAUACGCGAUCCUUGUUUGCCUUCGCCAUGUGGCCCCAACUCACAGUGCAAAAAUGUAAACAAUCAAGGGAUCUGCUCUUGUUUACCCCAGUUCUUUGGAGCACCACCAAACUGCCGUCCAGAAUGUGUCACCAAUUCAGAGUGUUCAUCGAAUUUAGCUUGCAUCAAUAAUCGUUGCACUGAUCCUUGUCCGGGUUCAUGCGCAUAUAAUGCGCAAUGUAUCGUGAUAAAACAUAUACCUAUUUGCUCUUGCCCCAAGGAGUAUGUGGGUGAUCCAUUUGUUAGCUGCCAACCAGCACCACCAUCUAAGCCACCAGUAAAAGACGAUCCCUGCAAUCCGUCCCCUUGUGGUCCCAACGCGGUAUGUAGUGAUGGUCAAUGUUCAUGUAUACCGGAAUAUCACGGCGAUCCUAUCAUCGGUUGCCGUCCUGAAUGUGUACUUAACUCCGAGUGUCCCUUUGACAAAGCGUGUAUCCGAAAUAGAUGUGUUGAUCCAUGUCCCGGUACUUGUGGUGUUAAUGCUAUCUGCGAAGUCAGUAAUCACGUACCGAUGUGUCGCUGUCCCGACGGCAUGUCCGGGAAUGCCUUUUUCCAAUGUGACGUUGUACCACGUAAAUAUUACCUUAUACCUUUUACCGAUGUGACAUCGCUAAAUUUUAUUCCUCCCCCUAAAGCGAAACUCGUAUCUGAUCCAUGUCAACCAUCGCCGUGUGGUCCAAAUAGCCGAUGUAGGAUAUUCAACCAAAACGCUGUUUGCUCAUGUAUUGAAGGUUUUAUUGGCAAUCCUCCCACAUGUCGACCAGAAUGUGUACGCAAUUCUGAUUGCGGCCCACAAAGGGCAUGUCAGAAUCAAAAAUGCGUCGACCCUUGCCCGGGCGCUUGCGGUUUUAAUGGUAUUUGUAACGUGGUAAAUCACGCACCUAUAUGUACAUGUCCAAUACGUUACACCGGAAAUCCCUUCGUGUCUUGUCAACGAAUAAUUGAACCACCACCACGUUUGGAAGAACAAAAAGAUCCGUGCUAUCCAUCCCCUUGUGGUCCUAACUCUGAGUGUCGUGCUAUUGGCGAUACCCCAUCCUGCUCAUGCUUACCACAAUUCACGGGCUCUCCACCAAACUGUCGACCAGAGUGUAUUACAAACAGUGAGUGCAGUCAAGACAAGGCAUGCAUUAAUCAAAAAUGCGUCGAUCCUUGCCCUGGCGUAUGCGGACAGAAUGCACAUUGUCAUACGAUUAGUCACACAGCAAUAUGUAUAUGUACCGCUGGCUUUACUGGUGACCCAUUUGCUGCCUGUUUACCGGAGCCAGUGAAACAAGCGGAGUUCAUAUCGGCGUGUGAACCGAAUCCUUGUGGUGCAAAUGCCGCGUGUCGUCAAUUGAAUAAUGCUGGAUCGUGCCAGUGUUUGCCUGAAUUCUUGGGUAAUCCUUAUGAGGGCUGCCGCCCAGAAUGUGUAACGAAUGCGGAUUGUCCCCUGGAUAAAUCAUGUCAGAAUCAGAAAUGCCGUGAUCCUUGUCCGGGCGUAUGCGCGCUAAACUCCUUGUGUCGGGUUAUUAAUCACUUGCCCUCUUGUAUGUGCUUGGAUGGUUUCAUUGGUGAUCCGUAUAGUUAUUGCCAGUUGCCAGAGAAACCGAUUAUGAAAGAGUAUAUCAACCCCUGUCAGCCAUCACCUUGUGGCCCCAACUCACAAUGUCGCGAAGUGAACAAACAAGCCGUUUGUUCGUGUUUGCCCGCCUUUAGUGGUGCACCACCUGCGUGUAGACCAGAGUGUACAACGAGUGCCGAAUGUGUAUCCGAUAAGGCGUGCAUUAAUCAGAAAUGUCAGGAUCCAUGCCCGGGUACAUGCGGCUCAUAUGCAGAAUGUCACGUACGCAAUCACUCACCCAUUUGUACUUGUCUGAGUGGAUAUACUGGAAAUGCCUUCACCCGCUGUUAUCGCAUACCACCUCCACCAAAAACUGCGUCACCACCAGAACUAGUGCGUAAUCCAUGUGUGCCAUCGCCUUGUGGGCAGUUCGCAGAAUGUCGUGAUAUUAACGGCAAUCCAUCAUGUUCAUGUUUACCCACCUAUAUAGGUAGUCCACCGAAUUGCCAUCCGGAGUGUAUUAGAAACUCAGAUUGCUCCAGCACUCAAGCUUGCAUAAAUCAAAAAUGCCGCGAUCCUUGCCCAGGUGCAUGUGGUUUCAACGCCCAGUGUCAUGUUAUCAACCAUACGCCGAUUUGUCAAUGCGCACCAGGUUUAAGUGGAGAUGCAUUUAUCUCGUGCCAAGCACCAUCUCCACCUCCACCCAAGCUGGAAGAAGAUCCAUGCAGUCCUUACCCUUGUGGGCCCAAUACAGUAUGUCGCGAUGGCCAAUGUGAAUGUCUACCUACAUAUCAAGGUAAUCCGUUGAUAGGCUGUCGUCCAGAAUGUGUCUUAAAUACAGAGUGCCCGUCCGACAAAGCAUGUAUUCGUCAGAAAUGCAUAGAUCCCUGUCCGGGCACUUGUGCCUCGAAUGCCAUUUGUGAAGUACAUAACCAUGUACCAAUGUGUCAUUGCUCAGAAGGUAUGACUGGUAACGCAUUCGCUCUAUGCCAACCCCUAACAACUAAGGUACAAGUAAAUCCUUGUCAACCAUCCCCUUGUGGUCCGAACUCGCAAUGUCGUGUGAUCAAUCAGCAAGCUGUGUGCUCGUGCUUACCUGAGUUUAUUGGUGCACCUCCAUCCUGCCGCCCGGAGUGUACCAGCAAUGCGGACUGUGCCUUGAACCGUGCCUGUCUACAGCAGAAAUGUCGCGAUCCUUGCCCUGGAGUUUGUGGAAUUAAUGCCGAAUGCACUGUCAUCAAUCAUUCACCGAUUUGUCGCUGCGUCAACUCAUACACUGGCAAUCCAUUCGUAGCUUGCAGUCCUAUACGAAUUGUGCCAGAACUAGACGUACCUAAAAAUCCUUGCCACCCAUCGCCUUGCGGUCCCAAUUCCGAGUGCCGCGCUAUCAACGAUAGUCCAUCAUGUUCGUGCCUUAAAAACUUCAUUGGUUCACCACCAAAUUGUCGUCCUGAAUGUGUAACGAACUCUGAGUGUCCGCUUUCCCAGGCGUGCAUCAAUCAGCAUUGCGAGGACCCCUGUACAGGUGUUUGUGGCGCAAAUGCAGACUGUCAUGUAAUUAACCAUACACCAAUGUGUGUAUGUUCAAGCGGAUAUACUGGAGAUCCAUUCAGCUAUUGCGAUGUCAUACGCGACGUGCCACAAGAAAUUCUUAAUCCCUGUCAACCAAGUCCUUGCGGUCCCAACACCAAAUGCACCGUGCGCAAUGGCGCUGGCGCCUGUCAGUGUUUGACCGAAUUUAUAGGAAAUCCAUAUGAAGGUUGUCGCCCAGAGUGUGUAGUGAACUCAGACUGUCCUACGAAUAAAGCUUGUUUACAGAACAAAUGUAAAGAUCCAUGUCGAGGUACUUGUGGGCAGAAUGCCCUCUGCCAUGUGCGCAAUCAUUUACCAACCUGUAACUGUUUAAGCGGAUAUACAGGCGAUCCGUACAAUUACUGCAGAGUGAUAGCGGAACCUAAAUUUGAAGUAGUAAACCCUUGUCAGCCGUCACCCUGUGGACCGAAUUCUCAAUGUAGGGAAGUCAAGCAACAAUCGGUUUGCUCUUGUCUUCCAACAUUCAUUGGCAGCCCACCAGAUUGUCGCCCUGAGUGUACCACUUCCAGCGAAUGUUCUCUUGAUAAGGCGUGCGUCAAUCAGAAAUGCAUCGAUCCAUGUCCUGGAGUGUGUGGUCUCAAUGCCGAAUGCCACGUACGCAAUCACAGUCCGCUUUGCACUUGUCGUAAUAGUUACACGGGAGAUGCCUUUACAAGAUGUUACCCUAUACCGCAUCCCCCCACUGUGCCGAUUAUUAAUGAUGUAUAUCGUGAUCCCUGUGUCCCAUCACCGUGCGGUAGUAACGCUGUCUGUCGCAGCAUCAACGAUCAGGCGUCAUGUUCUUGCCUGCCCAACUAUUUAGGCAUGCCGCCCAAUUGUCGCCCUGAAUGUUCCAUCAACGCCGAAUGUCUGGCACAUUUAGCGUGCAUAAAUGAAAAAUGUCGAGAUCCCUGUCCAGGCUCCUGUGGUUUCGAAGCGAUUUGUAAUGUCAUUAAUCACACGCCAAUAUGUACUUGCCCACCAGAUCAUACCGGCGACCCUUUCACCAGUUGUGCGCCCAAGCGACCCGAACCGAAAUUGCCUUUAAACGAUCCCUGUAAUCCGUCCCCCUGUGGUAGCAAUGCGGCUUGUAAUAAUGGCGAAUGUUCUUGUCUACCCGAAUAUCAAGGGAACGCUUACCUUGGUUGCCGUCCCGAGUGUGUACUCAAUACGGACUGCACACGUAAUAAGGCUUGCAUUAAAAAUAAAUGUGUCGACCCCUGUCCAGGCAUCUGUGGUCUGGGUGCCAUCUGCGAUGUUUUUAAUCACAUACCAACGUGCCAUUGUCCCGAUGGAAUGACGGGUAAUGCAUUCGUUCAAUGUGCGGUUCUACAAACUCCACCAACGGUUAUAAACCCGUGCCAACCUUCUCCCUGUGGCCCCAAUUCGCAGUGCUCUGAGAUUAACCAGCAAGCUGUGUGCGCUUGCCUACUCGACUAUCUCGGCGUACCACCUAACUGCCGACCUGAAUGCGCUAUAAACUCGGACUGUCCACUGAACAUGGCUUGUGUGAACCAUAAAUGCCGAGACCCCUGCCCAGGAAGCUGUGGUGUAAGAGCUCAUUGCUUAGUCAUGAAUCAUGCGCCAUUCUGUAGUUGCCCCAGCGGUUAUACUGGUAAUGCCCAUACUCUAUGCCAACUUUUACCACCACCGAGUGCCCAAAAAGAACCAACACACCCCUGCAUACCAUCACCAUGCGGUGCGAACUCCCAAUGCACGGAGAGAAAUGGCUCACCAUCAUGUAUUUGCCUGCCGGACUAUAUUGGUGCACCACCCAACUGCCGGCCAGAGUGCUUAUCUUCUUCGGAGUGCCCCAACAACCAAGCGUGUAUCAAUAUGAAAUGUCGAGAUCCUUGUCCCGGGAUUUGUGGUGCAUCAGCUACGUGCCACGUGGUUAGCCACACGCCAUCAUGUGCCUGCAUCGCCAGCUUUAUAGGUGACCCUUUCACCCAAUGUUAUCCCGAACCAAUAAUUGAAUUCGAACAGAUUAAUCCGUGCGUACCAAGUCCAUGUGGCAGUAAUGCUAUCUGUACCACACAAAAUAACGCCGGUGCAUGCAAGUGUAUACCAGAAUAUUUCGGUAAUCCAUAUGAGGGUUGCCGACCCGAAUGUGUCACGAACUCUGACUGUCCUUCAAAUAAGGCAUGUCGCAAUCAAAAAUGCCAAGACCCUUGUCCUGGUGUAUGCGGCCAAAAUGCACAAUGCGACGCGAUCAAUCAUUUGCCUACCUGUACUUGUAUGUCGGGCUUCACUGGAGAUCCGUACAACUACUGCAACACACUAAAAGAACCUAUUAGAGAAUAUGUAAAUCCAUGCAUACCAACGCCUUGCGGACCGAAUUCGCAAUGUCGGGAGGUAAAUGAACAAGCGGUUUGCUCUUGUUUACCCGACUUUAUCGGCAGUCCUCCGUCCUGUCGCCCCGAAUGCACAACGAACUCAGAAUGUCCCAUCGAUAAGGCCUGCAUCAACAAAAAAUGUCAGAAUCCCUGCCCUGGCAUUUGUGGCUCAAACGCCGAGUGUCGCGUAAGGUCACAUAGUCCCCAUUGUAGUUGUCGCCCAGGUUAUACCGGUGACGCAUUUGUACGUUGUUACCUAAUACCACCACCACCACCACCAGCCCGCGAGCCAUACCGAGAUCCAUGUAUUCCCUCCCCAUGUGGCCAAUAUGCUGUUUGUCGUGUAACAAAUGAUCAACCGACAUGUGUCUGCCUACCAUCGUAUAACGGUGCACCUCCAAAUUGUCGCCCGGAAUGUGUUAUAAACUCUGACUGUUCCAGCAAUCGUGCCUGUAUUAAUGAGAAGUGUCGCGAUCCAUGCCCAGGCUCUUGUGGAGUGAACGCCGUUUGCAAUGUCCUGAAUCAUAUCCCAGCUUGUACGUGUCCGGCAGGCUACGCUGGUAAUCCAUUCAUAAACUGCCAUGCCCAGCCAGCCCCGCCACCACCACCCACACCAGCUGAUGAUCCCUGCAUACCAUCACCAUGUGGUACUAACGCUCAAUGCAGUGAUGGUAUUUGCACUUGUAUAGCAGAAUAUCAGGGUGAUCCGUACACUGGUUGCCGUCCCGAAUGUAUUUUGAAUACCGAAUGCCCACGUGAUAAAGCGUGUAUUAAUCAGAAAUGUGAGGACCCUUGUCCUGGUACUUGUGCCUCGAACGCUAUAUGUGAAGUACACAACCACAUUCCCAUGUGCCACUGUCCAGCGGGUAUGCAAGGCAAUGCAUUUGCGCAAUGUCAGCAAGUACCAGAGCGCCCAGCAGAACUUUUACAUCCAUGUCAACCGACACCUUGUGGCCCCAACUCACAAUGUCAAGAUAGGAAUGGCAUAGCCAUAUGCUCUUGUUUACAAGAUAUGAUUGGUACACCCCCUGCCUGCCGCCCUGAAUGUAUCGGUAACUCAGAAUGUCCAAUGAAUCGCGCAUGUAUCAACCAGAAAUGCAAAGACCCUUGUCCGGGCGCUUGUGGCUACAACGCGCUAUGCAACAUCGUCAACCAUAACCCUAUUUGUUCUUGUCCAUCAGGAUAUACUGGCAGUCCAUUCGUCGCUUGCCAGCCUAUUAUCACUCCACCGUCUCAUGAAGAACCUCGCGAUCCAUGUCGUCCAUCACCUUGUGGUCCAAAUGCCCAAUGUAGCAACAUUAAUGGCGCUCCUUCUUGUACUUGCUUGUCUGAGUUCAUAGGUGCACCUCCAAAUUGUCGUCCAGAGUGCAUUUCUAGCUCGGAAUGCGCGUUCGAUAAGGCCUGCAUUAAUCAGAAGUGUCGCGAUCCUUGUCCAGGGAUAUGCGGCUCAAAUGCCCAGUGUCACACUUUGAACCAUGUACCAAACUGUAUUUGUGAACAAGGAUAUGUGGGAGAUCCAUUCACCGUUUGUCGUCUCUCACUACCAUCACCUCCGCCUGCACCCGAGGAUGUAGAUCCUUGCAUACCUAGCCCUUGUGGGGACAACGCAGAAUGCCGUCGUCAUAAUAAAGUUGGAUCCUGUGUCUGUCUACCAGAGUACUUCGGUAACCCUUACCAGGGUUGUCGACCAGAGUGUGUGUUAAACAGUGAUUGCUCGUCAAACAAAGCAUGCAUACAACGCAAAUGUCGGGAUCCAUGUCCAGGCACCUGUGGCCAAAAUGCGGAGUGUCAGGUUGGGAACCAUCUGCCAGUUUGCCACUGUUGGAAUGGUUAUACAGGCAAUCCGUAUAGCUUCUGCUCGCCUGUCAAGCAAUUGGAACCAAUUUACGUUAACCCAUGUCUACCAUCACCCUGCGGCCCAAAUGCGCAAUGCCACGAAGUCAAUCAACAGGCUGUUUGCUCUUGUUUACCCGAAUUUAUUGGGUCACCACCUGCUUGUCGCCCAGAAUGCACAAUUAAUGCUGAGUGCUCGCUUACACAAGCUUGUAUAAAUCGAAAGUGCGCCGAUCCUUGUCCAGGCAGUUGUGGUCAGGAUGCAGAAUGUCGCGUUUACAAUCAUAAUCCGAUUUGCACAUGCAGACCAAACUAUACUGGAGAUGCUUUUACGCGUUGUUAUCCAAUACCUUCUGCUCCAUCGCCACCUGUCGCAGACGUAACACCAGCGAUACCACUGCUAUCAAUUAAUCCAUGCAGUCCAUCACCUUGUGGCCAAUACGCCCAAUGUCACAACCGCAACGGUAGCCCAGUGUGCUCAUGUCUACCAAGCUAUAUAGGUAGUCCUCCAAACUGUCACCCUGAGUGCGUUGUAAAUUCUGAUUGCUCGUCGAAUCGUGCCUGCAUCAAUGAAAAGUGUCGUGACCCAUGCCCCGGAUCCUGCGGCUUCAAUGCUCUUUGUAAUGUGCUCAACCAUGUGCCUAACUGCAUCUGUCCAGCCGGUUAUGUGGGUGAUCCAUUUAGCAGUUGCCAACCAGAACCACCAAAACCUAUACAACGUGAGCCAAUCAAACAAGAUCCUUGUAUUCCAUCACCUUGCGGUACAAAUGCUAUCUGCAGUGGAGAGGCAGUAUGCACAUGUCUACCAGACUACUAUGGAGAUCCAUACAGUGGGUGUCGCCCAGAGUGCGUACUUAAUAGCGAUUGUGCGCGUGACCGCGCUUGCAUUAAUCAAAAGUGUAAAGACCCUUGUCCUCAAACUUGCGGUUUGCAAGCGCUCUGCAAUGUUAUAAAUCAUAUUCCGAUGUGUUCUUGUCCCAACGGAUUGACAGGCAAUGCAUUUGUUCGCUGUGACAGUAUUACAAUCAUCGAACCACCAGCUCCAGUCAACCCCUGUCAACCUUCUCCUUGCGGUCCAAACUCACAGUGCCGUGCAGCAAAUCAACAAGCUAUGUGCUCUUGUCUACCUGACUACAUUGGCGCACCACCAACUUGCCGUCCCGAAUGUGUCUCAAACUCGGAAUGUACUCUAGACAAGUUUUGCUUAAAUCAACGCUGUCAAGAUCCUUGCGCCGGUACCUGCGGUAUACGUGCGCUCUGUCAUGUACAAAAUCACAGUCCAAUCUGCGCUUGUCCACCACGCUUCACUGGCGAUCCAUUCAUUUCUUGCCAGCCUAUAACUACACCAUCCCCGCCACCAGUACGUGACGAAAAGCCGACAAAUCCCUGUCAACCAUCUCCUUGUGGACCUAAUUCGGAAUGUAUCGUCACAUUGAGUGGGCCACAAUGCACUUGUUUGCCCGAUUUUAUUGGCGCUGCACCACAUUGCCGUCCUGAAUGCGUGACAAGCGCUGAGUGCGCCUCGGACAAGGCGUGUAUCAAUCGUAAGUGCGCGGAUCCUUGUCCGGGUUCGUGUGGUGCGGCUGCCGAAUGUCGAGUAUUAACACACAGUGCAAUGUGUUACUGCCCAAGCGGAUAUACUGGCGAUCCUUUCAACGCUUGCAUUGUACAACGAGAACCACCAACGGAAGUUGCUUUACCCUGCAGUCCUAGCCCUUGCGGUGCAAAUGCGAUUUGCCAACCACGGAAUAGCAUUAGCGUAUGCCAAUGUCUACCCAACUAUUUCGGUAAUCCUUAUGAAGCUUGUCGUCCGGAAUGUGUUAGGAAUUCGGAUUGUGCUGCAAACAAAGCGUGUCAGAAUCAAAAGUGUCGUGAUCCGUGUAUGGGCACUUGUGGUUCAGAAGCUAUUUGUCAGGUCAUCAAUCAUAUACCAAACUGCGCUUGCCUACCCGGUUACCAUGGUGACCCGUAUACACGUUGCACAAUUGUGCAAGCGGAACCCGAACCACCUGUCACCGUAACUCCUUGCCAGCCAUCGCCAUGUGGACCUAAUGCGCAAUGUCGCGAUUCAAAUGGCCAAGCCGUUUGUUCCUGCCUACCUGAGUUCGUGGGCAGCCCACCUGCCUGUCGUCCGGAAUGUGUCGUUAGCUCCGAGUGUCCACUAGAUAAAGCAUGUAUAAAUCAGAAAUGUAAAGACCCUUGCCCCGGUGCGUGUGGCAUAAAUGCAGAAUGUCACGUACAUAACCAUAGCCCCUUGUGUGCUUGUAAAACUGGAUUUACCGGCGAAGCUUUCACCAGCUGCCAACCCAUACCAUCGCCUCGUCCUCCAGUGCAGCCACCAGCUGAUGUCAAUCCAUGCCUUCCCUCCCCCUGCGGACCGUACUCACAGUGCCGCGAAGUAAAUGGGGCCGCAACUUGCAGCUGCUUGACGAACUAUAUCGGAGCCCCUCCCAAUUGCCGACCGGAGUGUACCAUCAAUGCGGAAUGUGCCAGCAAUAUGGCUUGUAUGAAUGAGCGUUGUCGCGAUCCAUGCCCCGGCUCUUGCGGCUUUUCAGCGCUUUGUAAUGUUAUCAAUCACACCCCAAGUUGUUCCUGCCCGACUGGCUACACCGGCGACCCAUUUACCAGCUGUCGCCCACUACCACCACCACCGCCUUCACCUAAACCAGCCGAGCCUGUCGAUCCAUGCAUUCCCUCACCAUGUGGCGCAAAUACAGUCUGCAACAAUGGUCAAUGUUCUUGCAUACCAGAAUAUCACGGCGAUCCCUUUAUCGGUUGCCGUCCAGAAUGUGUUCUCAAUGCAGAUUGUGCACGUGAUCGCGCAUGCGUGCGCAAUAAGUGCGUGGACCCCUGUCCAGGCACAUGUGGCGAGCGUGCGCUCUGUAAUGUCAUUAAUCAUAUACCCAUGUGUCGCUGUCCCGAACGAAUGACUGGUAAUGCAUUUGUCGCAUGCGAACCUGUACGUGAUGUUGAACCCAAAAACCCAUGUCAACCAUCACCAUGUGGCCCCAAUUCGCAGUGCAUCGAACGCGGCGGUAAUGGAAUUUGCUCUUGUAUCAUCGGCUAUUUCGGCAGCCCUCCAAACUGUCGUCUCGAAUGUUACACCAGUUCGGACUGUGCACAAAUACAUGCGUGUAUCAACAAUAAAUGCGUCGAUCCUUGCCCUGGUCAGUGUGGUCUGAACGCCGAAUGUCAGGCAGUGCAGCACCGUGCACACUGCGAAUGUGCACGCGGCUACAACGGUAAUCCAUAUUCCCUUUGCACGAGAACAGAAAUAAGGGAAGAGGCACCCACCAUACAAAAAGACCCAUGUAUACCAUCACCUUGUGGUCCUAAUGCUCAAUGUACCGACAAACAGGGGCAGGCUCAGUGUGUUUGUCUGGCUUCCUAUAUUGGUGUUCCCCCCAAUUGCCAUCCAGAAUGCUCAAGUAAUGAUGAUUGUCCAAACAACUUGGCAUGCAUUAAUCUUAAAUGCCGUGACCCUUGUCCCGGUUCAUGCGGAAUAAAUGCCAACUGUAUUGUGACAUUACACAUACCCAAUUGUUAUUGCCCAGCUGGAAUGACCGGCGAUCCUUUCCAUGCGUGUUACGAGGCACCCAAAAUUCUUCCACCACCACCAAAACAGGAACCCCGUGAUCCUUGUCGUCCAUCGCCCUGUGGCUCGAAUAGUGAAUGUCGUGGAAGCGGUGACAGCUACACCUGCACAUGCAUUAACGAUUACAUUGGUAACCCCUACGAGGGUUGUCGUCCUGAAUGUAUUGGCAACUCGGAAUGCCCCUCGAAUCGCGCUUGUAUACGCAACAAAUGUGCCGAUCCUUGUCCAGGCACCUGCGGCGUGGGAGCGCUCUGCACCAUUCACCACCACAUACCGAUUUGCUCAUGCCCGUCUGGCUAUACUGGCAAUGCUUUCGUCCAGUGUUCACUUAUCUUAGUACAGCCUCAGGAACGUCGCGAUCCUUGCUAUCCAACACCGUGCGGCACCAACACCAUCUGCAGAGUACAGCGCGAUCAAGCUGUUUGCGAAUGCUUGCCUGGGUUCUUUGGCAAUCCAAAUGGUCAAGGUUGUCGUCCGGAAUGUACGCUCAGCUCUGACUGUGCCAAAAACAAGGCUUGUGUUAGUGCAAAGUGCAUCGAUCCAUGUCCCGGUGUUUGCGGUUAUGGUGCGCAAUGCCAGACAGUUAACCACAAUCCAAUCUGCAGUUGUCCCAGCCCAAUGAUUGGCAAUCCGUUCGUCGAAUGCCAUGAGCCACUGAAACCCGUGGAUCCAUGCAAUCCCUCACCAUGCCGUAGCAAUGGUAUUUGUCAAAUUAUUAAUGGCGUCGCCACUUGCACAUAUCCAGAGUGCGUGACUAAUGAGGACUGUUCACGCAAUCGAGCUUGUAUUAAUCAAAAAUGUCGCAAUCCAUGUAUCAAUGCUUGCGGUCUUAACGCGAUUUGUAAUGCUAUCAAUCAUAAGGCGGUAUGCACAUGCCCCAGUGGUUACUAUGGCUCACCAUUUAAUCAGUGCCUACCACAAAUGGAAGAAAUACCGGCACCACGCCCAGAAUGUACCACAGACUCGGAGUGCUCUAACGACAAGGCAUGUGUGAAUCAGGCCUGUAAGAAUCCAUGCGAACUCUCGAAUAUCUGUGGCACAAAUGCACGCUGCCAUAUCCAACUUCACCGACCACUCUGUGUCUGUAAUGAAGGUUACACCGGUAACGCUUUCAGCUACUGUCAUACCAUUGGCUGCCGUUCAGAUGAGGAAUGUCCCGCGACUGAAGCAUGCAUCAAUAAGCAAUGCACCGAUCCUUGUCCAUAUACACAAUGCGGCACGAAUGCCAUUUGUCGUGCAGAUUAUAGCCAUAAAGCGCGCUGCCAUUGCCCAGAGGGUUAUCGCGGCAAUCCUUUGUUGCGCUGCGAGCGGCCGGAAUGUUCACGCGAUGACGAAUGCGCCUUCAAUUUGGCUUGCAAAAACGAACGUUGUGAGGAUCCAUGCAAUUGUGGAGUUGGUGCCCAAUGCCGUGUCGACAAUCAUCUCGCAUUAUGUCGCUGCCCACCAGGUUAUAGUGGCAAUCCGCUGGUUAGCUGUGUGCUCGAAGAACCUAAGGUGGCACCACAAUGUACUAUGGAUGGCGACUGUACCAGCAAAUUGGCCUGCUUCAACGGCGAAUGCAAGAACCCAUGCGCUGUAACGCAGCCAUGUGGCGUGAAUGCUAUUUGUUCGGUGGUGGACACAUUGCCGUUGCGUACAAUGAUAUGCCAGUGUGAACCCGGCUAUGUGGGUGAUGCAGAUGUGGGCUGUCGUAAAGAACCCGCACGAGAUCACGGCUGCCAAUCCAACAGCGAAUGCCAGGACACUGAAGCCUGUCGAAAUGGUGUGUGUGUGAAUCCUUGCAUUGAUGGUUCGCCUUGCGCCCAUACCGCCGAGUGCUUGGCUCAACGACAUCGCGCCGUCUGUAGUUGUCCACAGGGUACACAGGGUGAUCCGUUCAUCAACUGUUACCAACCACCUCAAAUUACUGCCGGCUGCACACACGAUUCAGAAUGCUCGCCUACAACGGCUUGCAUCAAUCAACGUUGUCAAGAUCCUUGCGCAGAGGCAAAUCCAUGCGCUGGCAAUGCAGAGUGCCGUGUGCGCAAUUCGCGUCCAAUAUGCUCGUGUCCUGUUGGCUGGGGUGGCGAUCCUCAAGUUCAAUGUUACAAACCGGAAUGUAAGAUAAACCCCGACUGUCCGUACGACAAGGCCUGUAUCAAUGAGAAUUGCGUCAACCCGUGUAACUACGGUGAAGUACGUUGUGGAACUGAAGCUCAAUGCGUGCCACAAAAUCAUCAAGCCGUCUGCGUAUGCCCACGGGGCACUCAAGGUAAUCCAUUUGUCUCUUGCAUCACAGGUCACUGCCAAUACAACGAGGAUUGCGCUGAUCACGAAGCUUGCGAUCGCCUGAAUCGUAUUUGCCGUCCGGUUUGCGAUGAGGAUACCUGCGCUCUGAAUGCCAUUUGCACGGGUAGACGUCAUCAGCCGCAAUGUGAAUGCCGCCCAGGUUAUAGUGGGAACGCGUUCGUGCAGUGCGAUGUUCCACGUGAGCCCCCCACUAAGGUACAGCCGGAGUGCACGCAAGAUGCGGACUGUCCAUCACAAUUGGCUUGUAUAAAUCAGCAUUGUGCAAAUCCAUGUACCACUCCACAUGUUUGCACGCCACAACAGACCUGCCAUGUUCUGGAUACUUUACCAUUACGUACAAUGAUCUGCAAGUGCCCAAGCGAUACGAUUACCGACAACUCGGGCAAUUGUAUCCCGAUCAAGCAUGAAGUAGUCAGCGGCUGCCAGAGCAACGAUGAAUGUGCCAACACUGAAAUCUGUCAACGAGGUGUUUGUACUGACGCUUGCCGCUUGGAGCGCUGCGGUGUUAAUGCACAAUGUCGCUCUCGUGAUCAUUACGCGGAAUGUACGUGCGCCCGUGGUUAUGAGGGCAAUCCCCGCUUAGAAUGCCAAUUGAUUGUACACGAACAGCCGAAAACACCAGCAGCAGAAUGCACGAAGAACGAUGAUUGUCCAAAUGAUAAGACUUGUAAGAAUGAACGCUGCAUUAAUCCUUGUGUUGAGGAUCCUUGCGGGCAAGGUGCCUACUGUCAUGUGCAAAACAGAGAAGCUGUAUGCCGUUGCCCGCCUGGCUUUACCGGCGAUGCCCACACCGGUUGUGUGCCGCCACCAGACGUAUCUACAAUUGGCUGCAAAUCUAAUUCCGACUGUUCGCUCAGCGAAUCAUGUGUCAACGAGCGUUGCGUCAAUCCUUGUAAUUGCGGUCUGAAUGCUGAGUGCAUUGUACGCAAUCAUCACCCAGUAUGCUACUGUCAACCUGGCUAUUCUGGCAAUGCACAAUUUGGUUGUAUACAAAUUGGUUGCCAAUCGGACGAUGAAUGUUCUUCGGAUCAACAAUGUGUAAAUCGUGAAUGUGUUAAUCCUUGCUUAAUCAGUGAUCCAUGCGCGCUCAAUGCUGAAUGCUUUGGCCGCAAUCAUCGCGCCUCUUGCCGCUGCCCCGCUGGCUUAGAAGGUGAUCCAUUCCAACGUUGCUUGCGCGUCGAAUGCCACUCCGACUAUGACUGCGCCACGAAUCAAGCAUGUGUACGCAAUCAAUGCGUGAAUCCAUGCCAGGAUAGUCCAUGCGCACAAAAUGCAAUCUGCCAAGCACUGCAACAUAGGGCUGUCUGUCGCUGUCCCGAGUCAAUGCCGCUAGGAAACCCGUACUCUUAUUGUGAACGUCGUCCUGUGGAACCUGUCUGCCGCGAUGACGGCGAUUGUCCGAGCCGAUUGGCCUGUAUCGACAACAAGUGUCAGAAUCCAUGUGCCAUACUCUCACCCUGCGCCAGCUCAGCACGGUGCAGCGUACUGGAUAGCGUUCCUGUACGAACUAUGGUGUGCGAAUGUCCCGAAUCGUAUGUGCCCGAUGCGCGCGGUGAGUGCAAACCAAUUAUACUCCAAAGCCCACCAGGAUGCAGCACGGACGCAGAUUGUUUGGAGCAGGAGGCGUGUAUCAAUCGACAAUGUCGGAACCCAUGCAACUGUGGUACUAACGCCAUAUGCCACGUACAGAAUCAUCGUGCAACCUGUUCUUGCCAGGACGGUUAUGAAGGCAAUCCUUACUCAUUCUGCCGUACGAUUGGCUGUCGCAUCGACAGUGAAUGCGACUCUGGUAAGGCGUGCAUCAACGGCAACUGCAUCAACCCUUGCUUAGUCAACGAUCCUUGUGGCAUAAACGCCGAAUGCUAUGUACAAUCCAAUCAAGCAAUGUGCCGCUGCAGGAGCGGCUAUCGUGGCAAUGCUUAUGAGCGCUGUCGUGUUAUUGGAUGUCUUACGAGCAACGACUGUCCCACAGAUAAAAUGUGCCAGAAUGAGCAAUGCGUAAAUCCCUGCAUCUAUCAUAAUAUAUGCUCACCACGCGCCGAGUGUCGCGCGCAAAAUCACUUGGCGGUAUGUCGUUGUCCUGCUGGCUUCUUAGGUAACCCAUAUGUCGACUGCCGUCCCGAACCACAACCGGUGUGCAAGGUAGACACAGAUUGCCCUGCAACAUUGGCUUGCAUAAACGAUGAAUGCGUCGAUCCAUGCCUUACACUGGAACCAUGUAACAAGCCUGCACAAUGCCAAGUAACGCCAACCACACCGGUGCGUACCAUGAUCUGCGUUUGUCCCGAUGGCUACAUAAGCAGCGGUAGUGGCACUUGUAAGCCAACAAAAACUAUUGUGGAUGUGGGCGGCUGUAUAGCUGACUCUGACUGUGCCGUUGAUAAAUCCUGUGUCAAUGGCAUCUGUAGAGAUCCUUGCAAUUGUGGCUUGAAUGCCGAAUGCCGCAUAAAGGACCAUAAACCCGUCUGCACUUGUCGCCAAGGAUAUGAAGGCAACCCAGAAUUUGAAUGUUCUAAGACUGGUUGUGCCAUCAACUCAGACUGUCCAGCAACGCAUGCUUGUCGCAAUCAGCUUUGCGUCCCCGCCUGCCAAGGAGAACAAUGCGGCACAAAUGCGGAAUGUCUACCAGUUGAUCAUCGCGCCGUAUGUGAAUGCUUGCCAGGCUUCCGCGGAAACGCGCGCAUCUCUUGUACACCACUGGGUUGUCGUGCUGACAAUGAAUGUCCGUCUGAUAAGGCAUGUUUAAAUGGAAAGUGUGAGAACCCAUGCGAAACAAAGGUGGUCUGUGCAUAUGAUGAAAUUUGUAAAGUCUAUAAUCAUCGACCGGACUGCGCUUGCCCACCAGGUACUAUUUCUCGCCGCAACGGCUGUGAGCCAUUACGCGAAAUACCAAUUUGCAGCUACGAUGGUGACUGCCCAAGUCAAACUGCCUGCAUACGUGGUGAAUGCGUCAAUCCAUGCAACGCAACACAUCCGUGUGGUGUAAACGCUGACUGUCGUGUCUUGGAUACAGUACCAGUACGUACAAUGAUAUGUGAAUGCUUUGAAGGCUACACUGGUAAUGCGGCCGUACAAUGCGAUAAGCGGUCGUUGUGCGUUAUCGAAAAAGGAUUCGUACGUGAUAUAGAUGGUCAGUGUGUGUGCCCACCAGGUACAGCUUUAGAUGUCUACGAAUAUUGUGCACCCUGUCUACCCCAACAAGGUUUCAAGAUUGAUGAGAAUGGACACUGUGUCUGCGCUCUAGAACGCGGCAUGGUAAUCGAUGAGCGCGGACGCUGCAUUUGCCCCACUGACCAUGGCUACCGACUAACUCCUGCUGGCGAAUGCAUAGCCGAAGACCAACCUGGCUGCGAAACGAACGAUGACUGCGCCGACAAUCGUUACUGUAAUACACAUCCUAAGACCUGUGAGGAUCCUUGUCUGCAAAAGGUGUGUGGCGUGAACGCCUUCUGUAACGCUAUCAAUCAUCGUGCGCAAUGUCAAUGCAUCACUGGUUAUACCGGCAAUCCUGAGCUUAUCUGUAAUCACACUAACUUCCGCACGGACUUCCCACGACCCGAUAUGUUGGUCAGCUGUCUGGCUGACGGCGUACAAGUCGAAAUACACAUCACCGAACCCGGCUUCAAUGGUGUGCUCUACGUUAAAGGACACAGUAAGGAUGAAGAAUGUCGCCGUGUGGUAAAUCUAGCUGGCGAAAGCGUACCACGCACGGAAAUAUUCCGUGUACAUUUCGGUAGUUGUGGCAUGCAAGCUGUGAAAGACAUUGCUAGUUUCGUGUUGGUCAUACAGAAACAUCCAAAAUUGGUCACUUACAAAGCACAAGCUUAUAACAUUAAAUGCGUCUACCAGACUGGUGAAAAGAACGUAACGUUGGGCUUCAAUGUGUCUAUGCUGACUACAGCAGGCACUAUCGCCAACACCGGACCGCCGCCAAUCUGUCAAAUGCGCAUUAUUACACAUGAAGGUGAAGAGAUUAAUUCCGCGGAAAUCGGUGACAAUCUCAAAUUACAAGUGGACGUAGAGCCAGCAACAAUUUAUGGCGGUUUUGCACGUUCUUGUAUUGCAAAAACGAUGGAGGAUAAUGUAGAGAAUGAAUAUAUUGUAACCGAUGAGAACGGUUGCGCUACAGAUGCUUCAAUCUUUGGCGAAUGGGAGUACAACCCAGACACCAACAGCCUUAUGGCCAACUUCAAUGCUUUCAAAUUCCCUUCGAGUGACAAUAUACGCUUCCAAUGUAACAUACGCGUCUGCUUUGGUAAAUGUCAACCGGUUAAUUGUCGCGGCUACAAUGCUUUCGGGCGUAGAAGACGUCGCGCUAUAUUGGACAAUUCCACGGAUACAACAGCAGUGGCGACAAACACCGGCAUGGAAGGACAAUUACGUGAAGAGAUAACAAUUUCAUCGAAUGCCAUACUGACAUUUGAAAAACGCAGCGGCCCUGGCAUCAGUGAUGCGAAUAUCAAACCAUCUGCUCAGCGUGUCGAGGACAUUUGCGUCUCUAUGGUGGGUCUGAUAAUAGCACUCGUUAUCACAGCUUUGCUGGCAUUGGUAGCAGUCGCUGUAGCCGUUUCCUGUUGGCUUAUGGCUUAUCGUCGGCGGCCCAAAACGCUGGCCCCGCUACCUCAUCCACCAGAGUUCCCCAAUCCGCUAUUUGCGAAUCCCGAAGCUGUGCCAGAGCCAACACCAGACUAUCUAUCAUAAGCAGUGAUGAACAACUAAAUUUAUUAGAACUAGUUUAGUUAAGAAAUUAUUGACGAAGAGAGAAAUAUAAUUAAUUUAGUAAAAGUAAAUUUAAAUUGAAGGAUGAACAUAAAUAUUUGAAAAGCCUGUGCAAAAAGUUAAAGCAAACAGUAAAUUUGAUAUUUGCUGAUAUUUAAAAAAGAUAUUUGCAAAAGUGCAAAGAAAAACAAAAGCGGAAAAAAUAGCCAAAUAAAUAACUUAAACAGGACGUGUCAAAAUUUACGAAGAUGCGAACGAGAUUCGUAUGAAAAAACCCCAAAAAUGUGUAUUAUAUAAAGUAUAAGCGAAUAUUUCUCAACUGACCAUAACAUUCCUAAAAUGCGUAGGCGUCAAGAACUACGCUCUCGUAUUAUAGCAAACAUGAGAAUUUCAAGUAGCUUUUUGAAUUUUUCUUCAAAACAGUAUAUGCGAAAAAUGCGAAAAAAAACAUUUAAAUGAUUUAAUCAAAUUUGUACAGUUUUUAUAUUAUUUUAGUUAUGCAAAUAUUUUUUUACUAGUAGGACUCAAUUUAAAAACUGAAGUAGUUAGAAAGAAAACUAAAACUAUAUUAAAUAACUAUGAACAACUGCCAAAGCUGUAACACUGCGUAUGUUUAUAGACAAACAUAUAGAAAAAGAAGCAAGAAGGCAUUUACGCAUAGUUGAAGAGAAAGGAAAAAAAUCAGCAUAUAGAUCAGAUGCCGGGAUAUAAAGAAAAAAGCAAAAAUAGAGAUAAAAAAUGCUACGAAAAAUCGUAUAUCCUAAAGUAAAACAGAAUUGGAGAAGCUACGAAAGAAUUCUCGUCUAACAAUAAAACUUCUUCAUUAGUCGAAACACGCAUACACACACACACGUAUAAAUAUAUACACACAUAAACAAUUACGCUACCACUGACGUAUUAAAACUUGUUUUCCCUUAUACAAAGAAAAGAAAAACAGGGCAUGCGUGAAGAACUGUGUAGGUGGUGGGGCACUUCAACUUUAAAUCUAUCUAUAAAUGCACUUGUAUUAAGAAAAAAACCCGCACCCAUUUUAAGUAGAUAGUUAUAUAUGUACGUAUGUAAAGAUUUCCUAUAAUUUAUAUAAAUGAAGAAACCAAGAAACUGCCUUGAGAGACGAAGAAUUCAAAGAGCAUUCAUUGAACCCAAUGAAAACGAACGAUUCAAGAGAUGUAAUCCAGAGCAAAGACAAAGGCAGUGCAGAUAUGUGAAAUUGAUUUUAAAGGCACAUAGAAAGUCAAAUGGAAUAAAAAGGAGGAGUAAAAAUUAAUGGCCUUAUACAUUUCCGAAAAGCACAGAUACGAAUUUUUUAUGUAUAGGCACCAUGAACUAUAGUAAAAAUCAUCAAAGCAAAUCAAGCAUUAGAGAUGUUUAUUUAUUUUUAGUAAACAAAUAAAUAAAACAACCUUAAAAUUGUAGAAAACACACUAGAAAACAACAACCUGGGGAAAAUAAACAUUACACGUUAAUAAACGUAAAGAAAAGUAGAGUAGCCACAAAAAACCACUGGACUACCAAGAGUUUACUCCGACUGAUAUUUGUCUAUACUCAUCCAGCACUGUCUGCCUCUUGAUUAUACGCGUGUUUUUUUUUUUUUUUUUUGUAAAUUAUUAAAAAUACAAAAGAGCCGAAGCACAAAACAUUAUAGCUGCCUAACUAAUACUUGUUCUACUUUGUAUUAAAAAAUAUUUUAUUUUUGUUAUUUUCUUCCUAUCCAAAAAGCGACUAAUGGAGGAUUUGCUUAAAUAAUUUUAAUAUUAUUAUAUGUAUUUACUAUUAUUUAAUUAACGCGUAUUAUUAACUUCUUUAUUAAACAAUUAACAAUUUUAAGCAAAAGCGUGUUAGUCAAGUGCGUUAUAUUAUACUUAUUUUUUAUUUCAAACAAUUUUUUGUUCCUUGUUUUUUUUCAAUGUUUUUUGUUUUGUUUUAAUAAUUUUAAACAUUUUGUAUGCUUGUUGUGAUUGCGAAAUAUGUAAGCAGUGAGAAUCAAAUUUGAAGUAAAUAUAAAACACCGAUAUAUGUGUGUGAACACUUUACUAAAAUAAUUUUUUAAUUAAAAACGUGCGCACGUCUUUCCAGCCAAUUCUGGCAAUUCGCCGCAAAUGUUAACAACUAAGCAGCGAAAUUUUAGUUGUACGCUUUUCCGGCGAAGCUGCAAAAGAUAAACCUUAAAUAAAUAUUAAAAGUAAAACUAAAAAAAAAUUUAAUAAAAAGAACGAAACAUACAAACAAUCGAAAUGUAUAGUCACUACUUUAAGUUAAAUUUUUACUUUCAACUAAAUAAAAUAAUUACAUAAAAACAACAAAAACACACACACCAACUACACCGAAAGGCACAACACAAGCAAAACAACAUUUAAUGCUUUAGAAAGAUAAUAAAUAAAUUUAUCUUACAAAACUGUAAAUAGAAUUUAGAAUUUUCACAUUGUAUAGGAAUUUUAAUUUUUUAUAAUUUCUUUCGUUCAUAAUGCCAUUGCCAGGCAAAAUCAGUUAAAAAGAGAGUUGCAGUAAUUAGUGAAAGAAACACGUAAAUAUUAUUUUAUUUAAUAAAACUGUUUCAUAAUUUUGUUUUCGAAAAUUUUGACCGCCAUAUUUAAAAAUUUACUUUUACAAUAAAACCUUUUAUUUUUCUUGCGUCUCAAAAACCAUAGAAAUGAAAAAGGCAAUAUUUUGCCUAAACUCAAAAAAACAUUUUGCAUUGGCAGCAAAUAUUUAAUUUAAAUAUAGCAAGAAAAAAACAGACCGAUUGUCAAUAAUAAUGUUUGUAUGUAAAUUGUUAAAAACAAUAGUUAAAUUUUAAUUAUUAAAACGAAUUGUAUUAAAAAAUGUUUGAAAGUAAAAAAACUUACUAAUAUUAUAUUGCUUAAUGUAAACUAAUAAUAAAA